AUGUCAGGCGGCCCUGCCCAGCGCAGCCAGAGCGCAGCCGGGCGUCUUCGGCAGCGGCAGCAGCAGCGACGGCUCUGGCUCCGCUUCCCGAUCCGAAUCGGAGCUGCGCUCCCGGGAGGUUGGGCACCGUCGGCGGCGUGGCCUGGGCAGCGAGUCCUGGAUGCCCCGCGCUGGGCGACCGGCCAGGGGCUCCCAUUGCCGGGGCGCCGCGGCCGAGGGGCAGGGGGCUGCCCGCCACCCACCGCCGCCAGCACAAUGAGACGGCGGAGGACCCCUGGCGACGUGCUGUGCACCUUCGUCUUCCUCCUCUGCUGCGCGAGGCCCCAGGUGAGACCCCCGCUUCUCGGACGCCCACCCAAACCCUUUUGCUGGGUGCCCGGGAGGUGCCCGAUGGGGGCACCCACGCACGCCUCUCCAACACUCGCGGGUGGGGUGGGCGCUUGAAAUGGGUGCACCAACCCCACGCUGGGAGAGGCAGGUGCCAACUUUGCCCAGGCAUGCCCAAGCCUCUGUUUGCCCCAAGUUGAGAGCUUCAGGUUUUGGGUGGUAGGGGUGCCUAGCAUUCUCUAUGGGGUGGCAUUUGGAGAGAGGCACCAUGGCACCCGGGCUCUUUGGCUGGGUGUGGGCACCGCUGAGCGUCAGGCUGCUUUGCACCCGUCUCCGGGCUCUCAACCGCCUCCAGGUGCCACCUUGCCCUUGCCAACCUCUGAGAACCCUUUGCGCUCUCGUCUCUGCGCAUCGCACCCUGUCCAGAGAGAGAACUGGACGGCGCAAUCCCUUUGAGAGCUAGGCGUGGUGUCUUGCUGGCCAGCCACAAGGCGGGGAGCAUCAAUGCGCCAUGUGGAGAGCAUGUCUGCACCUCCACACUCGCUCCAGCGCCUGCUUGGUUGGAUCAUGAGCUGGUUAUGUGUCUUUGCCCCAGAAGCUGCUGAAUCGGGUUGAGAGAGGCGGGCAGGGGAUGUUUUUUCAGGAGAGCGGGGAACAGACUGGGGGAGAGAUCUGUGAUCAUAGGGGGGUGCUCCCUUGCCUGAGUCAACAUGCCACCAUCUUUGGGGCAUCUGGUGACACACCGACUUCAGGGAGUAAGCGCCAGUGAAAGCACCAUGCGCCGGAUCGUUCUCUCAGUUUGCUUGAUAUACCGGUUGAGCAACAACUUUCUGCCUCCCCCUCCAAAAAAAAAGGCAGGGAUUUGUAGUUUGACGAGGCAUCUGGAUUGCUCUGUUAUUAGAGAUUUUCCCAGGCCCCCCUUCCGUCACAGAACUACAGUUCCCCCAGUUCCCAGUUCAGGAAGGAACCUGGUUAAACUGGUUAGGUGUGGAUGCAUCUCUUUAGUGUUGAACCAGCCUCAUCCCCUGGGGUAGCUCUGGCACUGGAUCAGACCCUGCUGUACUGGGCUUCCGUUUGCAGUUGGGACAUUUGUUUGCAGGAUCCUAGAGGGUCCUAUCUGAACCCCCCUCCCCGCUCACUUCCAAGGAACUUGUAGGAGGAAGCCCCUGCGACCUCCCCGUGUUUUCCCCGCUGCCACCAACCAGGGGUGAGAAGAGGGCAUGCGAUUUUGCUUUUGGUUCGACUGCUGCUGUGCUGUGUGGCAGUUGGGCAGCUGCUCUGCUCCACCCCAGAGUCAGCUGCAUCUCUGGGCUGGGAGGGAAGCAGUCACCCCAUCCCAGAGGCAGCUUUGAGUCAAGCUCGCCCCACGACUGGCAGCAUCUCAGAAGUCAGAGCGGGUUAGGGAGGCACAGCCGGCCGAGUCUUUUCAGGCUGUGAGGUUUGGGCGCCAUUAAGAGGCAGAUCUGAGGGCCCCGAUCCUUGAUCAAAGUCUUCUGUAGAAGCCUCAUGGAAAGUGGACCGUGUGGGAGCCCCUAAUAUCAUCUAGGGGAGCCUAUAGUUGGAUCAGGACAAAGGGCUGUCUAGUCCAACAUCCUUAGUCCAACCAGAUUUUGUUUCCUAGAACUGUAGAGUUGAAAGGGAUUCUGGGGUCAUCUAGUCCAACCCCCUGCAAUGCAGGAAUAUUUUGCCUAAUGUGGGACUCGAACCCACAACCCGGAGAUUAAGAGUCUCUCUCAAUUGAGUUAUCCCAGGCAGUUUGCUUUCUACCCUUCCUCUCCUCCUUUUUCAGCCAUGGGCCGGUCCACUGUCCCUCAGACCAUGUGGGGGGCCGGACUAUAUUUUUUGGGGGGAAAUGAACGAAUUCCUAUGCCCCACAAAUAACUCAGAGAUGCAUUUAAAAUAAAAGCACACCUUCUACUCAUGUAAAAACACGCUGAUUCCCGGACCGUCUGCGGGCCAGAUUUAGAAGGUGAAUGGGCCUCACCCAGCCCCCUGGCCUUAGGUUGCCUACCCCUGCUCUAACCACUGCACCCCACUGUCUCCCUGGGCCCACCUCCCGUUGUGCAAGAGCACUUGCGUGCCUCCUGUUUCAUUUCGGCAGAAUGGGAAUUUCCUGGUGGAUUGGGUCCCGUGGUGCUUGGCAAGGAGGCAGGGUGCUCCGUGGAUUUCGCACCUGGGGCGCCUGCUGCUGGCUCGGGUUCGAUUUCCUUGUUCAGACACGAAACAAAAGGCUGGCAGGGUUGGUGCGUCUGUAUGUGUGUGUGUUUUUGAGAGAAAAGCUUCCUUUCUUGCCGCUGCAAAUGUUCCGGAGGCCGCAGAGUCCUGUGGGGAGCUGGCAAGGGCCGGGUGGGCUGGACCAGGUGGGUGGGAGGGUGGGCAGCAGCCCCCCUCCCGCUGGUGGCAUUUGGCAUCCCUGUGGCUCCACAUCUGGCGGGCACAAAGCACAAAUUGAGGAGCCUCCCUGCCCGUAGGGCCCUCUGCAGGAGAGAGGGGCAGAGGUGAAAUCCUGCCUGCUGUGAUUCCAGUAACGCCCAGCGUCCCCCUAGGGAAGAUGGAUUUCCUCAUUGGGGAGGGCAAGGAACGGAUCCGGCCUCCCCAGCUACGAGCGGGGAAGGAGGUGGGGGGCAUUUUGACCCCCUGCCCCCAGCGGGCAACACUCUCCCUUCCAACCAAAAUACAUUAAUUCUUAGUAGCAGUUUCGUAAGUGGGGAUUUCGGGGUUGGGCGUUAAAUUCUGGGGGGGCUCUUGCCCCUCCCUGAGUAGAAAUCAUGCCCCCAGACCUGGUUACCUUGGCCUGGGGUCGGGGCCCACCCAACCUGAUGGACCUGCUUUGACCUCGCAGUGUGACGUGUGCAAUAAUGGAAAGGGUGCCUCUGAACAUGUGCAGAGUUCGUUUCCCUAUCUAUCCACAGCCAAAGAUGUGCACCUGGUGUUCCCAGUCUGAGACUGAGGUUUCUCUGCAAGCUCUUUCUUUUUAGUGGGUUCCCCUGAGCAUGCGCAGAUGUUCCUUUGCCAGGGAACAGGCCACAAGGGCAAGCUUGGAAAUUUCUGCCGCAUGUGAGGUUUGUGACACUGUGAUUGGAACACCUGGGCGGGCUUCUCUCCAGCAAAGGAGCACCUCUCUGCACGUGCUCAGGGACCGCACAGCCAUAGCUGUUUGGGUGGCUGUUCAUAAGGAGAUGCACUCCACAUAUGCUCAGAGACACCAUUUCCGUGAUUAUGCGUAGCUUAACAAUCAAGCCUUGGCACUCGAGACUGGAUAGCUCAGUCGGUAGAGCAUAAGGCUCUUAAUCUCGGGGCUGUGGGUUCGAGUCCCGUGUUGGGCGAAAUAUUGCAAUGCAGGGAGUUGGAUUAGAUGACCCUCUUUGUCCCUUCCAACUAUACAUUUCUGUGAAUCUAUGGAACAGUUUCUGGGGCCCGGCUCUGAUUCACAGCCAGCCUUGAUCCUGAGCCAGGAUAGCCAGAUCUAGGGGCAUAAUUUCUGCUUUGUGUGUGUGUGUGCAUGUGAAAACCCCCAAGAAGUCCAGACAACUUGGGAUGUGGGUGGAGCUGGGGGAGAAGGGCAGCACCUUUCAGAACAUGAAAACGAAAAAUAUUUUGCCUGCCCGUGAACACCCAGAGGCAUUUGGACUUGCUGCUGUUGACAGCAUCAGAACUCUGGAUGCGGCCGAUCUUUUGGGUCUGAAAUCACUGAAAUCCGAAAUCACUGUCAGACCAGGAGGACAGAUUCGGAUGCCAGUUUUUGGUUGGAGUUUAGCAUUGGCUGAGUGGUGGACAGUACAGGAUGAAAUUUGGUUUUAACGGCCUUGAGUACUUUCGCAGCCUCAUAUUAAGUCUCCCCCAGAUAUACUGUGCUGAUUUUUUGUACUUUCAAUUUUUUAUUUUAUUGAUUCAUUUGAUUACUUCAAUAAAAUCUUUUUUUUUUUUAAUGACAAAUGUGCCUCUUUCAUAAGAACACAGGAAGAGUUUGCAGGAUCAGGCCAAUGGCCCUUUUAGCUCAGCAUCCUGUUCUCACAGGGGCCAACCAGACGCCUGUGGGAAACCAGACGCCAGGAUUCGAACACAAGACCCCUCUCUCUCCCCUCCUGCUGUUUCCAGCAACAGGCCUUGAGAAACAUUGUUGCCUCCAGCCUUGAAGGCCAGGUGUCUCGAUGGAUUUGUCUACCACCCUCUUUCAAAGCUGCCCAAAUUGGGGGCCGCCGCCGCCUCCUGUAGCAAUGAGUUCUGUAGGUCAACCGUCCCAAUCUCUCCUCUCGGUCUUCUCUGCCCCUUCCAGGUCUCCGAGGCGGCAGGAACCUUCGAGUUGCAGAUCCGCUUCGCCCGCAACGAGAAAGGGGUGCUGGCUGACGGGCGGUGCUGCCGCGGGGGCCUGGAUCCGCCGUGCCCCGUGGCGCAGCAAUGCCACGCCUUCUUCCGGGUCUGCCUCAAGGAAUACCAGCUGCGGGCUCUGCCCGGGGGGCCCUGCGUGCUGGGGGCUGCCACCACACCCGUCCUAGGGGGCAAUGUCUUCUCCACCGGUCACCAGAAGAAGAGUGAUCACGCCGGCAGGGUGGUGAUCCCGUUUGAUUUUGCCUGGCCGGUAAGGUGGAUUUGGGAUCCUUUUCUUGGUGGGUGGGUGGCAGGCAGGUGUGUGUGCCACUAGGAAGGGAGCUUGCGAAUUCCUCAGGGGGCAGGGAGGGAAAUAAGCGCCGGAGCUUAAGGAAGCUGGCAGAUGCAGCCCUCUGACUCAGAUGCCCUGGCUCAGUGGUGAUGGGGGGAAUGGCAUUCUGCACAUGCUCAGGGGCACUCUUCACUUCGCUAGGGUGCCAGAUCUUCAGGCCUGACCUGAAGUCUGCCUGCUCUCCCUUCCAGGUGGGCGAGUGGCUUCAAUUUAAAUAGUUCUGCGCUGUUUUCACUAUUUGUCUUCUAAACAGAAAUGUUUUAAUUCUGAUAUAGUUCAAUUGCUUUUCAACUAUUGCCUUCUGUAUGUAGUUAGCCUUCUGUGUUUCGUUGUUUUGAUUUGUGUGAGCCGCCUUGAGUCUAGGAAAAUGUGGGAUAUAAUAAUAAUAAUAAUAAUAAUAAUAAUAAUAAUAAUAAUAAUUUUUUUAAAAUUAAGAAGACUGUGCAUACGGUUUACAAGCUUCAGCCUAGCUGGAGCUGGCUGCAAAUUAUCGCAUAGAUGCUCUGAGGAAUGUUCCCCCUCUGCUCCCUUCUCCCAAUUAACUUCUGUCGCCAGGGCCUCCCAUCGUGACAUCACCAGGGGCCGCCCCCAGCUCUCAGUUUUGGGCCCUGAAAUCUGAAGCCCGGUUCCCUGUCAUUCUCCUCACUAGGUAACAUUCCCCUUCCGGAGCUGAGAAUACAACCAGGCGUCUUGUCAGCCAUUUUUCCUUGACAGCGAAGGGGCACAAACUCAUUCCAGGCACUGCUCUGACUUCACAACCUAAAGCAUAGGAAAAGGUGCAGACAAAGAGAGAAAUGCCUGGAUUAACUGAAGCCGGUGUGCAAGCUUUAGCGUUUCACAGAACGUUUUGGCACAUUGCGUCAGGGAUGGCGCAGAGCUCUGUGAAACCCAGAAGCUUGCAUACUCUCCCCUCCUCCUGCUGUCUUAAGUCUAUCCGAUUGCAAACCAUUUCCAUUCACCCCACAAAAAUCUCCCUUUGAAGGGUGGCGAUAUUUUGGAGGGUGGGGUGUUAACCUCUGAAAUCGGAGCCAGUUUCUUUUGCUGGCGUGGGACCCAGGUGCUCUUGGCGAGGGGCCGAGGGGGAGGGAACAGCAGAGAGCCAGGGGAGAGGAGAGCCAGAUGGACUUUGCUUAGACUCUCUUUUCCCCUGGGGGAACUGAGGCAGAUGCAAUAUCUCACUUGGCCAAUCAACUGGGCAAGGCAGCUCCUGUACAAACUGCCUGCCUAGUGAUUUAUUGAUUUCCGGAGCUUUUAUCCGGCUGCCUACGAUGCCAAAGACACAGAGAUAGGUGUGUGUGUGUUUGUGUGUUCGUUCCAUUUCCUCGUUCUAAUUAAUUAGGUCUCUGAUUAUAUUAGCCCGGUGGGAAAUGGGGGGAAGAUUCUGCGUAGAGGGAACCCUGUUUCUUGCCCUUCACCCCCAAAAGCCUGCGGGAGGUGGGAAAGUUUCAAUUUUGAAAAUUUCAAUUUCGUUGUUCUGUACGGGACAAUGACAAUAAAGAUUAUCGUGUCGUAAAGGAUAGGGUUGGUCCUAGCGUCUGGACCCCCAGGACCUGGGAAGACUCCUGUCCCUUUUGAGAUUAUAUGUUGAAAGGGGGAAUUCUGUCACGUGCAACUUCUCCCCUCACAGAAACACAGAGAGGGCAAAAGUUGCACCCUGGCCAAGUUGUCUCUCCAAGCUGUUCUUAACAGCAGAAGAACCUGCAAAGAUGUGGCAACCCUUGUUUUCAAAGUCGAGAGCUGCAGACGGUUGCUAGGGGAGGGGGAAACGCCUUCUUGGCUCCCCACCCACCCGCUCUCCCUUUCAGAUUCUGUCUUGAAAGGGUGAAAAAUACAGGGCGUGGAUCCGCUCCUAACCUGAAGCGAUCUUUGCUCUCUGCCUCUACCAGAUCCAGAUCUGGUGUCGGGUGUGGUCCUGCUUGUUUUCCAAAAAGAGGGUUGACGCUCAUGCCUGGCCUGCCGGAUAGGGAAGAGACACUCUGCACGUGUUCAGAGGUACUCUUCUCUAUAUGAGUAGCCGUUUAAGUAUUCCGUGCUGGGGAGCUGCUAUUUGAAACAGGUCCCGAGGCUAAGGAACACCCCCUUCCCAGCACAUUGUGGCUCAAGCGACAGGCUGGGUCUGUGCCAGGAUAGAUUUCCCAGCGUUUAUGGGCGCGGCUGCUUCUGUUGACAUCCCCUCUCUCGCGAGAAUCGAAUGUAACCCAUAAUAACUUGUUUUGGUGGGACAGGAUCUGCUAGACCUGCCUUUUACUUGUAUCCAUGUGUUUGCUUGUUGAGGUUUCCAUUGAUUCUGUUCAUUGUACAGUGGUACCUCAGGUUACACACGCUUCAGGUUACAUACGCUUCAGGUUACAGACUCCGCUAACCCAGAAAAAGUGCUUCAGGUUAAGAACUUUGCUUCAGGAUGAGAACAGAAAUUGUGCUUUGGCGGUGCGGCAGCAGCAGGAGGCCCCAUUAGCUAAAGUGGUGCUUCAGGUUAAGAACAGUUUCAGGUUAAGUACGGACCUCCGGAGCAAAUUAAGUACUUAACCCGAGGUACCACUGAAACUGAUUUCUGCUGUGCUUGCAAGUUGCUUCAAGUCAUUUUUAUGAGCAAAGCAGCUAAUAAUAAUAAUAAAUAAUAAUAAUUUGAUGUGGCAAUUGGGUGCCCUCUCAGUCCUCUUUUACCAAGAGGAUUCCAGCAUUGCAGAGGGUUGGACUUGAGGUCCCUUCCAACUCUAUGAUUCUACAAAGAGGAUGCUAGCCACCUGCAGCUCUUUAAAGCCCUGGUAUUGAAAACAAAAAGGGAUGCGGGUGGUGUUGUGGGUUAAACCACAGAGCCUAGGGCUUGCUGAUCAGAAGGUUGGCGGUUCGAAUCCCCGCCAUGGGGUGAGCUCCCGUCACUCGGUACCUGCUCCUGCCAACCUAGCAGUUCGAAAGCACGUCAAAGUGCAAGUAGAUUAAUAGGUACCACUCCGGCGGGAAGGUAAACGGCGUUUCCAUGUGCUGCUCUGGUUCUCCAGAAGCGGCUUAGUUAUGCUGGCCACAUGCCCUGGAAGCUGUACGCCGGCUCCCUCGGCCAGUAAAGCGAGAUGAGCGCCUCAACCCCAGAGUCGGCCACGACUGGACCUAACAGUCAGGGGUCCCUUUACCUUUACCUUUAAGUGGUCAUAGGAUUGCAGCCUUAAGCAAAUGCCCUACCAGAUUGGGCCAAUGGCUCACCUGGGAAACCAGAAAACAGGACUCGAACACAGGAUCACUCUCCUCUCUCCUGCGAUCUCCAGCAGAAGUGUUACUGCCUCCAUCCAUGAGAGCACAGCCACUGAUACCCUUCCCCCUCCAUGAAUUUGCCUAAUGUUCUUUUAAAGCCAUCCAACUUGGUGGCUAUUGCUGACUGGUGGCAGUGAGUUCCAGAAUUUAACUCUGUGCGCUGUUCCUCAUGCACCUUCCAGCUGCCCUGGUAUGUUUUGAGCCGUUGAUAACCUUUUGGAGGACAACAUCUUUCCCCUCCUGCAUAUCUCCUUGAGCCAAGAACCAUGACCCUCUUAGGGCAGCCAUUUUUGCAGAAGGCAGUCCUCUCUUCCAAAGGUUGUCGCUGCAAUGGUUAUUGUUACAGGGUUCGAAUCCCCCACUCAGCCAUGAUGCUCACUGGGUAAGCUUGGGCCAAUCUCCAUCUCUCAGUCUAACCUACCUCACAGGGUUGUUGCGAAGGUGAAAUGAGGGACGAGAACCAUGUACACCACCUUGAGAUCCUUGGACAAUAAAGGUGGAAGAAGAAGAAGAAGAAGAAGAAGGAGGAGGAGGAGGAGGAGGAGGAGGAGGAGGAGGAGGAGGAACCCUAAUCUAGGACAGCAAGCCAAAUGGGCACCCAGACUGCUUCCAUUUCUGUUUAUAAAUUAGAGUAUUUCUAAAUUUUCAGCUAUGCAUAAAAAUUAUGCAAAUCUCUUUUAGCCUUUUUUAAAAAAUACAAAUCUCUUUUUGGCAAUGCGUUAAGUGGCCACCGUGGUGGAAGACCAACACUUGCAGAGUAAAUUAAUACAAAGCACAGAUGGCAGAAUUUGGCUUUCGGCUUGAGAAGUGAAAUCUACAAGAAGCAUGUCCUUCUUUUCGGAAGUGGUGCCGAAGAACUUGUCUCCGUUCUUCCUCAGGACCGGCUCAAAGUUUAAGGGUGCUUUGUCUCAACUGAAGUAGAAUCAUACGAGUUGGAAGGGUCCCCAAGAGUUAUCCAGUCCAACCCUCUGCAGUGCAGGAGUCCUGCCCACAGCCAUCCCUGGGUGGACUUGAACCACCAACCUUCUGGUUAACAGCCAGACACAACUAAGCCAUUGUGCCAGAGGAUUAGGGCUUCUCCCUUGGUGCUUUUUGUCCAUGGGCCCUGGCACUCCUACCUGGCGGCAGUGGGUAGAGGGGCACCUACCCACCAUUUAAAUAUCCCACAAUGCCCUGGAACGUGGCUAAGUCCAGGGCAUUCUGGGAAAUUAAAAUGGCAGCUAGAGGCUUGGGAUUCCCAGCACUGCUUGCUGGUGGGGAGACUGGGAGGCGAAAGGAACCGCCAGGGCACAGAGUGCGAGGUCUCCAACAACAAAUGCACAAGGAUGCCAGAUUCUGGCGCCAGUCUUGCUUGUGCCAGUAAACCUUUGGCACAGCCCUGACCCCAGACAGGUAUUUCCAAAGCGAUUUCCGCCAUCCGCUCAGAGAAGGAAAAAUGAGAGGCAGAUGGACGGAGUGGAAUAUACAAGCCAGCGGAAGCUUUUAACCCGGAGCCAAAGCAUCCCACCCACUUAGCCGCCGUGCCCUUGCGGCGGGGAAAGGCAUCUGGGGCGGGCCCCAUAGAGUCAAAGGUCAUUGGUGCUCCGUAACCUUUCCCAGGGCCGGAGGAGAGGGACGGCUGGGCUUUCCUCGCUCUCGCUGUCUUUCCAAAUCCAGGUGGACCUUUUAAAAGGAACAAAACAGAAAGGGCAGACCAGCCUGUACAAACAGAGAUCGCGCCCCAAAAAAGCAUCAGUAGGGUGUGCUGGAGGCCAGUUGAAAAGCUUCGACCCAGGCAUUUGAAAAGAACACUUUUCAUCAGGUUAAAAGGAGCGAAAGAAAACGCUCUCUGCCCAUUCACUGGGGAGGAGGUCUUUCCCCCGAUUUGGAUGACAUUAAGGGACAUUUCGGUGUGGAUAAAAAUAAGAGGCCUCAGAAUUUUCAGAGAAAAUCAACACACGCUUUGUUUUUAAUAGGUAAAGGUAAAGGGACCCCUGACCGUUAGGUCCAGUCAUGGCCGAUUCUGGGGUUGCAGCGCUCAUCUCGCUUUACCGGCCGAGGAAGCCGGCGUACAGCUUCCAGGUCAUGUGGCCAGCAUGACUAAGCCGCUUCUGGCGAACCAGAGCAGCGCACAGAAACGCCGUUUACCUUCCCGCCGGAGCGGUACCUAUUUAUCCACUUGCACUUUGUGCUUUCGAACCGCCAACCUUCUAAUCAGCAAGCCCUAGGCUCUGUGGCGCCACCCGCGUCCCCUAUGCCCACUUACCUGAGAAUUAGUCCCAUGGGACUUGAAGAGACCUACUUUUGAGUAAGCAUGUGUAAGGUUGUGUCACUCAUCAUUAAAGCUUUUCUCCAGGUGAGGGAUGGAGAGGCAGGUGAGCCAUUCCUCACAAUCACAUAUCCUCCAACUUUUCUCUGAAGAAAAUAGGGACAUCCCAUUCCGUACCUUCCGACAUUUCUCCAGUGAAUGUAGAGACAUCUCCCUCCCAACAUUUCUUUGAUGAGAAUAGGGAUGUCCUAAGGAAAAAAAGGGACGCGGGUGGCGCUGUGGGUUAAACCACAGAGCCUAGGGCUUGCUGAUCAGAAGGUCGGCGGUUUGAAUCCCCGCGACAGGGUGAGCUCCCAUUGCUUGGACCCUGCUCCUGCCAACCUAGCAGUUCGAAAGCACGUCAAAGUGCAAGUAGAUAAAUAGGUACCGCUCCGGCGGGAAGGUAAAUGGCGUUUCCGUGCACUGCUCUGGUUCACCAGAAGCGGCUUAGUCAUGCUGGCCAUAUGACCCAGAAGCUGUAUGCCGGCUCCCUCGGCCAAUAAAGCGAGAUGAGCGCCGCAACCCCAGAGUCAUCUGCGACUGGACCUAAUGGUCAGGGGUCCCCUUACCUUUACCUUUAAGGAAAAACAGGACAUUUCAGGAUCAAAUCAGAAACUGGGAUGGCUUCUGUAAAUCCGGGACUGUCCCUGGAAAAUAGGGACAUUUGGAGGGUCUGUAAUUACCCCCUCAACAUGCCAGGGAUCCUCAUCACCCCCCCUCAAAAAAACCAGGAGUCUUUGCAGGACUCUGCAACAGUUAAAGUGGUAUCAAAGCAAUAUUUGUUCAAGGUGCUGCGAUGUGACUCUGAGUCAGAGCCAGGCCUGUGAGCUCAGUGUGGUGAGGAGCUCCUAGCCAUGUGCAGAGUGCUGCAUCCUUGGGCUUGAAUAACCCCCUCCAGGCCUGCCCACAGCCUCUGAAGGGUUGCAUUUCAGAAGCUGGAAAUGAGCUUGCUAAAUGCGAUGAAGAUCUCAUGUGCAGCGGAAAGGUGAGCCUAUAAUGUGGCCGUUUUGAUAUUCUCUUUCUUUCUCUCUCUCUCUCCCAGGGGAUUUCCAGAGCUGGGAGGGCAAAGAAGGGUUGGGAUUCCUCCUCCUCCUUCUCCCCUCCCAGCUCUUUGUGUUAUUCUGCCCAUCCCUUUGGGGUGGGGGGAGGGCAGAGAUGAGGAGCGAGAUCUGGAGAUAAAUAACUUAAUUAAAGUCUCUCUCCUUAAUUGAUGCAAAGUCACUUUCCUCGCCUCCUCCCCAGAUGACGGCUUAAUUCUCCACAGCAGCGCUCUGGGUCUGCUGGGCAAAGCUCUGCGGGUGGAGACCUGGGCAAAUUUCGGGGCCUGGGUCUUCCGUGGGUCAAACCCACAUCCUCCCGUGAAUGUUUUUAAGGCAGAGCUGUGGGAACUGGUUUGGCCCCGCAAGUUGUUUCCUCUAAGCCAGGCGAUUCAGCUGAGGUUUAUUGAAGGCGGAGGAAAAGUAUUGUGUGCCUCCCACGUGUCUUCCAAGUUUAAGGACUAGAAACUUAAUAGAUAUAUAUAUAUAUAUUGAUUUUUCAAACACCACUUUGCAGGCUUCCUGUCCCACCUGCCUUCCACGGUUUCCAUAUUUGCCCUUAAACGCUGCAUAUUUCAUAUAUAAUAUUCAAUACAUCCAUCCUAACCCAUUUAUCUUAAUAAUUAGAAGGACUAGAAACUUGAUUUAGGAGAUUUGAGAGCCAAGGCAACCAGGGUGGGAAGUUUCAAGAGAUUCCUGAUACCACAUUCUGUAGCCUGGCAAGGCUGCUGUAAAGCAGACCAAAGGAAGACCAUGUUCAUACUAUAAAUUUAAAGCGCUUUGAUACCGCGCUAGACAGUUGUGACUUCCUGCAAAGACCCCUGGGAGUUGUCAUUUGUUUAGGGUACCGAGUUAUUAGGAGAACCCCCCACCCCCGUUCCCCUCCCAGAGCUGCAGUUCCCAGAGUUCCCUGUGAAAGAGGGGUUGAUGGUUAAACCACUCUGGGAAUGUUAGUUCUGGGAGGGGAAUCAGGGGGUCUCCAGACAACUCCCAUCAUCCUUAUAUACGGUAUAUUUUUUCUAAUAUUUUGUUGGAAGCCUCCCAGAGUGGCUGGGGGCAGCCUAUUCAGAUGGGUGGCAAGAAAUAAUAAAAUUAUCAUCAACAACAUCUGCCUGGACACUGAGGUCCAGCGCCGAGGGCCUUCUGGCGGUUCCCUCACUGUGAGAAGCCAAGUUACAGGGAACCAGGCAGAGGGCCUUCUCGGUGGUGGCACCCGCCCUGUGGAACGCCCUCCCACCAGAUGUCAAGGGAACAACAACUACCAGAUUUUUAGAAGACAUCUGAAGGCACUGCUGUUAUAAGUGAAGUGUUUUGGCACCUAUUUUUUCUAGAAGAACAGCACUGAUUAUUAUUAUUAAACUACAUCUCCCAGAAUCCUUUGGGGGAAGCCAUGACUGUUUAGAGUGGGACCAGAGUGCUUUAUAUGUGCAUUGCGAAUGUGGCCUAACACUGAGUGUUUGGAUUUAGCAUGUGGGGGGUUUAAACUGGGGAGGCAGAUUCAAUUUAAGAUUAAAACCUUUAUUUCAGAACAUGCCCACAGAACAUUAGAAAAUGACUCCCAGCGCCUGGCAUGCAGAGAGCCCUUUACAGAGGAGGCAGGACAAGCCAUGGAUAGCCUUAUCCUCUGCGAAUUUCCCUGAUCCUCUUUCAAAGCCAUCCAAGGCCAUCUCUGCCUCUAGUGGGAGGGAGUUCCGUAGUUUAAGCACGCUUUUGGCUGCAGAAGGACUUUCUUUUGGCUGCCUUGAGUUCCAGGAAAUCACACCUUGUGGCUUGGAAAACCUCCCUGCUGCUUUUCUGCCAGCUCAGCGGUGAGGAGGUUGGCUCAGACCCCAGUUCUCCCAACAGCCCCAGCGGAAAGGAAGCGGGAAGAGUUUAGAGAACAGACGAGGGGGUGGAAGUUUAUAAAACCAGGCGGGACAGAGGAAAGCUUUUCUCGGUGUCUCUCACAAUGCUGGAACUGGUGGACGUCCAGCGAGCCGGAGAUACAAGAAAGGACUUCUUCAUGCAGUGCAUAGACUGUGGAACUACCUGCCACCGGAGGCUGCGAUGCCACCGACUUGGGUGGCUUUAAAAGAGGGCUGGAUGAGAAGCCUGUGAUGGCUUCUAGCCACGAUGGCUCUCUCCUGCCGCCACAGUCAGAGGCAUCAAAGUUGCUGGUUCGAAUCUUGAGUUCGAAUCCUGAUUGCUGGUUUCCAACAAGCUGGUGUGAGAACAGGAUUCUGGACGAGAUGGACCAUUGGUUCUUCUUAUGUUCUAAGAGUCCAAGCCCCCUAAAAUUUCCUCUGAUUAAAAAAAAGGGACAUCCUGUUCAAUAAUAAUAAGAAUAAUAAUAUUUUUAUUAUUUAUACCCCGCCCAUCGGACUGGGUGGCCACAGCCAUUCUGGACCGCUUCCAACAUAUAUAAAGCAUAAUAAAACAUUAAACAACUUCCCCAUGCAGAUCUCUUCUAAAGCAGGCACCCCCAACCUUCGGCCCUCCAGAUGUUUUGGACUACAAUUCCCAUCAUCCCUGACCACUGGUCCUGUUAGCUAGGGAUCAUGGGAGUUGUAGGCCAAAACAUCUGGAGGGCCGAAGGUUGGGGAUGCCUGUCCUAAAGGUUGUAUAUUUACUUAUCUCCUUGGUUCGGGGGUCGCAUAACUCCAUACCCUCCAACAUUUCUCCAAUGAAAAUAGGUAAAGGUACCCCUGACCAUUAGGUCCAGUCGUGACCAACUCUGGGGUUGCGGCACUCAUCUCGCUUUAUUGGCCGAGGGAGCCGGCGUCCAGCUUCCGGGUCAUGUGGCCAGCAUGACUAAGCCGCUUCUGGCGAACCAGAGCAGCGCACUGAAACGCCGUUUACCUUCCCGCCGGAGCGGUACCUAUUUAUCUACUUGCACUUUGACGUGCUUUCGAACUGCUAGGUGGGCAGGAGCAGGGACCGAGCGAUGGGAGCUCACCCCAUCGCGGGGAUUCGAACCGCCGACCUUCUGAUUGGCAAGUCCUAGGCUCUGUGGUUUAACCCACAGCACCACCCGCAUCCCAACAGCGCCACACAUCCUAAGGAAAAGCGGGACAUUUCGGGAUCAAAUCAGAAACUGGGAUGGCUUCUGUAAAUUCAGGACUGUCCCUGGGAAAUAGGGACGCAUGGAGAGCAGGGAGGUGGCCCUAUGGAUUUUAUAGGACUGCACUUUUCAGCAUCUCUGAGCAUUGGCUUGGCUGGCGGGCAGGAGAUGGAAACACAACAACAACGCCCGGGGUGGUUUUUGUUAGAUGUUUCUCCCCGUGCUGACCUGCUCUGUCAGGUCCCAGGCCAGCGAGCUGAAACCUAACCAACUGGCUCACAGCCUGAGGCCAACAGCUGGGUCUUGGGUUCGACUCAGCACACACAAACACACGCACACUCGCGCCCAAGGAUUCCAGUAAGCCGGAGCCGAGACUGUGCUGAGCACUGAAAAGUUCUAAUUGCGUUUAAUAAAUAUGGAUGCAUUCAUUUAAAUGGAUCGUACGAAGGUAUGCAUUUAAAUAUUCAAAUGCUUCGGAGGGUAAUGAAUAAAGAGUAGCAACAGAGCCUUCUGCAAACGUGGCGUUUUGCAAAGAACGAGAACGCAGGGGCCGGGAACGACACAGAGAAAAUGGGGUAAAAUAGUGGAAUAAUAAUAAUAAUAAUAAUUAUUAUUAUUAUUUAUACCAGGGGUAGGCAACCUAAGGCCCGGUGGCCGGAUGUGGCCCAUUCGCCUUCUCAAUCUGGUCUGCGGACGGUCCGGGAAUCAGCGUGUUUUUACAUGAGGUUGAAUCCUGAUAAGACAGAAGUACUGUUUUUGGGGGACAGGGGCGGGCUGGUGUGGGGGAUUCCCUGGUCCUGAAUGGAGUAACUGUACCCCUGAAGGACCAGGUGCACAGCCUGGGAGUCAUUUUGGACUCACAGCUGUCCAUGGAGGCACAGGUCAAUUCUGUGUCCAGGGCAGCUGUCUCCCAGCUCCAUCUGGUGCGCAGGCUGAGACCCUACCUGCCCAUAGACUGUCUCGCCAGAGUGCUGCAUUCUCUAGCUAUCUCCCGCUUGGACUACUGCAAUGUGCUCUAUGUGGGGCUACCUUUGAAGGUGACCCGGAAACUGCAGUUAAUCCAGAAUGCGGCAGCUAGACUGGUGACUGGGAGCGGCCGCCGAGACCAUAUAACACUGGUCCCAAGAGACCUACAUUGGCUCCCAGGAAGUUUCCGAGCACAAUUCAAAGUGUUGGUGCUGACCUUUAAAGCCCUAAACAGCCUCAGUCCAGUAUACCUGAAGGAGCGUCUCCACCCCCAUUGUUCUGCCCGGACACUGAGAUCCAGCGCCGAGGGCCUUCUGGCAGUUCCCUCACUGCGAGAAGCCAAGCUACAGGGAACCAGACAGAGGGCCUUCUUGGUAGUGGCGCCCGCCCUGUGGAACGCCCUCCUGUCAGAUGUCAAGGAAAUAAACCACUAUCUGAAUUUUAGAAGACAUCUGAAGGCAGCCCUGUUUCGGGAAGUUUUUAAUGUUUGAUGUUUUAUUGUGUUUUUAACAUUCUGUUGGGAGCCGCCCAGAGUGGCUGGGGAAGCCCAGCCAGAUGGGCGGGGCAUAAAUAAUAAAUUAUUAUUAUUAUUAUUAUUAUUAUUAUUACAGUGGUGCCCCGCAAGACGAAUGCCUCGCAAGACGAAAAACUCGCUAGACGAAAGAGUUUUCCAUUUUUUGAGUCGUUCCGCAAGACGAAUUUCCCUAUGGGCUUGCUUCGCAAGACGAAACGUCUUGCGAGUUCUUGCGAGUUUGUUUCCUUUUUCUUAAAGCCGCUAAGCCGUUAAUAGCCGCUAAUAGCCGCUAAGCCACUAAGCCGCUAAUAGCCGUGCUUUGCAAGACGAAAAAACCGCAAGACGAAGAGACUCGCGGAACGAAUUAAUUUCGUCUUUUGAGGCACCACUGUAGUAGUAGUAGUAGAAUGUGUCCUUCUAUUUAAAAUGCAUCUCUGGGUUAUUUGUGGGGCAUAGGAAUUCAUUCAUUCCCCACCCCCCCAAAUAUAGUCUGGCCCCCCACAUGGUCUGAGGGACAGUGGACCGGCCCACGGCUGAAAAAGGUUGCUGACCCCGAUUUAUACCCUACCCAUCUGACCGGGUUUCUCCAGCCACUCAGGGCAGCUUCCAACAUAAUAUAAAAACACAACUAAACACUAAGCAUUACAAACUUCUCAAUACAAGGGAAGGGAAUUUUUUAAUGUGUGAUAUUUUAAUGUAUUUUUAAUUUUUGUUGGAAGCUGCCCAGAGUGGCUGGAGAAACCCAGCCAGAUGGGCGGGGUACAAAUAUUUAUUAUUAUUAUUAUUAUUAUUAUUAUUAUUAUUAUUACAGUCAUACUUCGGGUUACAUAUGCUUCAGGUUACAUACGCUUCAGGUUACAGACUCCGCUAACCCAGAAAUAGUACCUCAGGUUAAGAACUUUGCUUCAGGAUGAGAACAGAAAUCGUGCACCAGUGGCGCGGCGGCAGCAGGAGGCCCCAUUAGCUAAAGUGGUGCUUCAGGUCAAGAACAGUUUCAGGUUAAGAACGGACCUCCAGAACGAAUUAAGUACUUAACCUGAGGUACCACUGUAUUAUUACAAGGCUGCCUUCAAAUGUUUUGGAAAGUCAAGUGUGGUUCUUGCAGUUACCUGCAUUUAAACUUAUGGGGCAAUCCUACUCAGAAGUACAUCCGUCUGACUUCAGUGGGGCUGCCGCUUGAGCAGGUGGGGUUAGGGUUGCAGAGGAUGAGGACUUAUAGAAUCUCAGAAUUGUAUUGGAAGGGGGUCAUCUACUCCAACCCCCGGCAAUGCAAGAAUCUCAACUAAAACAUCCAUGACAGAUGGCCGUCCGACCUCUGCUUAGAAACCUCCAAGGAGUGCGUUGUGCCACGCUUCCAAGAUCAGAGACAGGCUUCUUUGGAGUACCAGUUUCUGGAGAACAAGCUCAGAGCUGGUUGCCUUCACAACAACCCUGUGAGGCAGGCUGCCGGUGUUCCCCUUUCACAGAUGGCAAAACUGAGGCUCUAACUUUCCCAAGUUCGCAGGGGCUCUCUGGAGCAGAAAAGAGUACCGUACUUUUCCGUCAAUAAGACGCCCCCGUGUAUAAGACUACCCCAAUUUGGGGGACUCCAAUUUAAGAAAAUGGGGGGGGGGCGGAGAUGACACAGAGCUGUUGAUCUUUCUUUGGGGGGGGGUUGCCAAAAACCGCUCACCCACAUACAUUGCUAAAUCCGUCUUCCGUCUUUCCCAUCGCUGGCAGAGCUGUUGAGCUGUUUUUGGGGUGGAAUUGUGGACAAUCGCUCACCCGCCGCUAACGAUCCUGAAGACACACAGCCGCCAAUCAAGAGACAGUCAAUCACAAACAGCCCUUCACAGACCCACCGAUCACCCGCCCUGUCGCCGCAGAAAAUCUCCUGCUCACGGCUGCAACCAAAUGGCCCCCCCAAUGCGCUACCCAUGUAUAAGACGAGGGCAAAUAUGAAAACGAAUUUUUAAAGAAAACACCCUAGUUUUAUAUGCGGGAAAAUACGGUAGCUCGUUCCUGGCUGCUUAAAGGAAUAUGCAGGCCCUUCGCUCCCAUUUGAUGCAACUCAUCUGAAGAAUAUUCUAAAUUUUGGGGAGCAGGUCCUUGGGGUUUUGUCCAGCCAGAGUAGACCCCCCACUGAAAUGAAUGGACCUACAUUAAUUCCAUGGGAUGCGGGUGGCGCUGUGGGUUAAACCACAGAGCCUAGGACUUGCAGAUCAGAAGGUCGGCGGUUCGAAUCCCUGCGACGGGGUGAGCUCCCGUUCCUCUGUCCCAGCUCCUGCCAACCUAGCGGUUCCAAAGCACGUCAAAGUGCAAGUAGAUAAAUAGGUACCGCUCCAGCAGGAAGGUAAACGGCGUUUCCGUGCGCUGCUCUGGUUCGCCAGAAGCGGCUUAGUCAUGCUGGCCACAUGACCCGGAAGCUGUAUGCCGGCUCCUUCGGCCAAUAAAGAGAGAUGAGCGCCGCAACUCCACAGUCGGCCACGACUGGACCUAAUGGUCAGGGGGUCCCUUUACCUUUACAUUAAUUCCAGAGGGUCUACUCUGAGUAGGACUCGUGUUGACCACAACCCUCAUUGUUUCCUUGUAUCUAUCGGGUUUCUCAAGUGUGGGAAAUCUCACGAGACGCGUUUCCAAGUCAGGGUUUGGGUUGGCUUUCUGUUGAGUGCCCGCCCCCCCUUGAGCUCUGUUUCGACAGAUCCGAUCCAAUUUCAGAUCCGAAUUCCUGUGUGAACAUAUUCCAUCUGCCCAACCUGCGAGCAAAGCUGGGUUUCCCCGAAAGGGGAGCUGUGGGGGCGAUCAGGGCUUGCGACUCUCCCUUUCCUUUCCUCUCUCUUGUGUGCCAAAACUAGAUCUUUGUGUGGGCAGAAGGAAUUUGCGAGGAACCUUGCCAAUCUCUCGGAGCUCUCUUCCCAGCUUUGGAGUUCUGGUGGUGGUUGAGGGAGUGGUGUCCGAGGGCUACAGCUCAGAGCCAGGGAGACGUUCUCUUGUUUGUCUCCAGAUCUCCUCAAGUGUAGAUGAAGCGUUGGGAGAAUUUUGUAAUGCGCGAAAGGGGUAUGUCAUAGAGUUGGAAUGGACCGUGUGUGUGUGCGCGCGGGUGCGUUGGGAUUUUGGGAACCCGGACUCCUGGAUUCUGUCCACCGAUCCUUUGUUCUCUUUCGUGUGCCUCAGUUUCCACCUCCCUAAAAUGUGUGCAGCCAUCUGCCCCACCCAGAUCCGAAAUUUUAUUUAUAAAAAUCUUUAUAAAUAUUAUAAAAUAUUUGUUUGUUUGCAAAAAAAAACAACAACACCAGAGUGGUUUACAACAAAUGUACAUAGAAGCCGUACAAUAAAAGCAAUAUUUUUUAAAAGUUAAAAUCGGGAAUCAGCUAAGCGUUGUGGGAAAAUGUAUCCUUUUUGGAUGAAGUUAUUAUUGUUGUUAUAUUUGGACACAGCCCUUUAUCCAAAGAGUCCUGGUAGUUGUAUUUUGUUAAGGGCUUUUUUUUGGGGGGGGGCGGUAAGAUUGUUGUUGUUGUUAAUCUGUAGAUCUCAGGGUGAUUCACACAUAAAAUCACAAUACAUUCCUAAUGAACUGCAUAUGAACUGGAGGGGUUGCACCAGUAAAGAAUCAUUUACUUCAAAGUGAAAGCGCGUUUACUGCUCAACCCUGCUUUAGUAAUUACUAUUUCAUUUUAUAACGAUGGAUGGAAAUUAAAAGAUGAAAACCGAAACUGUCGAAUAGCCACGAGGAAUGAGUACUUUGUGCGCGAGUUAAAAUAAUAACAAAGUCCAAGUAAAGACGAUUGACGUUAUCAGAUCAUCCAAGUCUAGUUCCAGAUUUGCCUGGCUUUGAUGGGGGUUGUCUUGAAAAUGAUGGUUCUGCUAUAUAUUAAAUAAAGGGAUGAAAAUGCAUUCUGUGAAUUGCCUGCGUAGGCCUGGGUGGGAUGGAAGAGUUUUCAGCUGGUGUUCAAAAGUUGAAACAGAAGAUGCUUGCUGAAUCUCUAGUGGCAGAGAGUUCCAUAGGACCGGGCUGGUGACACUAAAGGCUCGGGGUUUUUUGUCAUUGUCAAAUAAGCCUCACAAACUCGGGAAACAACGAACGAUGUUCCUGCAGUUGAUCUCGGUGAUCGAGCUGUGAUUUGAGGGUGCAGGGCUUGGUAAAUUAAUACAAGGAAAUACCAUUGAACCUGGUAUUUUAGGGUUGCCAUAUUUCAAAAAAUGAAAAUCGGAACACAAAAGUUGUUGAGCUUCCUUCUUGGCCAAAGCUCUUGAGUUUAUUUUUUGUAAAGAAGAAGAAGUUUUAAAGCUAUUUUUUAGGGAAAUUGCCAAAAAAAAAUCUACACCUCCAAUAUGGGCAGGUUUCCCUGGACAUUUAAAAUGAUUUACGAAAUCGAGUAUAGGGCAGCAUAUAUAAAUUCAACAAAUAAUAAUAAUAAUAAUAAAAAUUCCGCCUGGACGCCAUUUUUGACGAGUGAAUCCUGGCUAUGUUCAGGAAAUUCCAGACAUAUGGCAGCCCUGCUUUAUUUCCUCUGGUAUGUGAAGCCGGCCCUACCAUUAGGCAAAAUGAGGCCACUGCCUCAGGCGGCAAAAUGCUUGGGGCGUGGGGAGUAACAAGCCCCUCUGCUGGAGGACUGGCCAUGUUGCUGCCCUGCCCCUAAAUUUGCGCCUCAGGUGUUAUGGAGCACGCUGUCCUGUCACCAGUGUUGGAUUAAGAUUUGACGGCCUGCCCAGUUGGCUUCUGUAUCUGGAAUGGGGUAGACGUUGGGGCCGCCAUCUUGUCAUUCACCUUUGUUGCAGGAAUUUAUGUAUAGGUUGGGGGGGGGGGUUGCCCCUCCAGCAGAUAUCAUGCACAUGCAGCCCACUACCCAAACCAGCACAAUCGCUUUUGUGACUUUUGUGAUUUGUCCCCAUAAAACACCCCAUCGUAGUUUCUUCCUAUCUAUUCAAAGGGUCUUUGCUGCACAAUACCAAAUGUAACAAUUCACUGAUAAAUGCAUCUAUGUACAGGCUCACUGGGAAAACUUCAGAAAUUCAUAUAGACAUGUGAGCUCAGCUGCUCAGCAGCCCCUCUGCCUGAGUGAUAAUCCCUGGCAUCCUGAUACCUGAGUGCCAGACAGGUAGCCAGUUCAGAAAUAGCAAACCCAGAUGAAGACAAAAGGGUGUGAUUAACUUGGCUGGGAAACAGGGAAAUGUAAAGAUCUCUUUUGCUUCACUCGAUGGGUGUUUGGUGGAGGGCAAGGAGAACCAUGGGGCAGGGUCCAGGAUGCUCAGAUUACUGCCCCCAGACCUCCCCUUUCAUGAUGUAACCAAAUGUAUUAGUGAUGUAGUUUGAGGGGGGGGUGUAACAUGGGGAUGAGCAGCUAAUAAAAGUUUGGGGGCUCUUUUGUUUGGGGCUUCCAUCUUGUUCCACCUGGUGGCAGGUGGGAGUCCUGUCGCGACAGUCUUCAAUAAAGACCAAACCUACUGGCUGCUGUUUUGCACUGGUAUUCCUGGCUGGUGUCCUUGUUUUUUGUCCAAGGGAGCCCUCAGAUUUCUCCGUUAACACUUUGUUCAGCAAAAGGUCUUUGGCUGGUCCUACUGGGAUGGCUGCUGGAGAGAGAGCCCCUUCCCCACCCUCUUUGCAGCUUCUGGGAAAUGGGGCAUGCCAGUUUUUUAAGCACCGUGAUAGCACUCAAAACCGUCAUGGCUCCUCCCCCAAGGAAUUCUGGGAGCUGUAGUUUGUGAAGGGUGCUGAGAGAUGUCAGGAGACCACAGUUCCCCUCACAGACCUCCAGUUCCCAGAGUGGUUUUACAAUCCAUCUCUCUUCUCAGGGAAUUUUGGGAAUCUGUGAGGAGAAUCACGAAGAGUCGGACACGAUUAAACGACUAAACAACAAGUGAGGGGAAUUAGAGGUGUCCUAAUGACUCUCGGCACCCCUUUUUAAAAGAUAAAAUAUAGUUUUAAUGAUUUCCAUUGUAUAACAACAAUUAAAAAGGGAAAAAAGCAAAAAUACAGAAGCAAAAUCCCAUUUUAUCCUCCUCCGGGACGGUUCAGUCUACAGUAUUUAAGUUUGCUGAAGUCCAAUCUGUGAUUUCGGUGGUUUCCAUUCUUCAGUAAAAUGUUUUAUAAAAGGAGGCUAUAUUUCAUCAGAAUAAUUUCCGGCAUUUGCAUUAUUCAACGCAUGCAAUCUCUUUGCCAGUUUUUCCUGAUUCAGCUGUUGACCAUACAUUCUGUUUCCAACGAGAAAAACAAAAUGCUCUCCAGUUCUGUGCCACUGCUUGGCAUGUUCCUACAAAAAGAAAAAUUAUUAGUCCUUUAUAGCAAAGGUCAGAUCGCCCUUAACAAACUACAACUCCUAGGCUUCUUUUUGAGCUGGGGGGAAGCCAUGGCUGUUUAAAUUGGGAUCAUGGUGCUUUACAUGUAUGGUGUCCCAGGAUGAAAAUCUCCCGUAACCAAAUGCCUUGUUCCUUCUAGCGCUCGUACUCUCUGGUACUGGAGGCCUGGGAUGCCGCCAAUGCUUCUGACGUCACCAGCCAGGGUAAGGAGCUGCUCUCUCACCUGGGGGAGCCAGCAGGGUGGGGUUCCAGACAGGGACACGGUUAGGAUUUUGAGACCCUCCAUGUUCAGAGCCAUAGCUGUCAAGCGUCCCUUAUUUGGCGGGACAGUCCUUUAUCCCAGCGCCAUGUCCCGCUGCUGUCCCUUAUUGAUGAUGUCCCUUAAGGUAAUGGGGCCCUUUCUGUGUCCAACUGUCCUUUGUCAAUAACAAAUUGUUGCUGUUUUUUUGUGUUGAAUAUGUGCUAUAUGGUAAUUUAUGGACCUAAUAGGUAUCUAAAGCCAUUUGCACGCAACAAAAUAUGUAUUUUAGCAAAGUAAUUGUUGAUCCCUUAUUUUGGCUGCUGAUCCCUUAUUUUCGAGGCUGCUGGUCCCUUAUUUUCAACUCUGUAAGUUGACAGCUAUGUUCAGAGCAGUCUACCCCUGAAUAUCAGUUGCAGCAAAGGAGGUCUCUUGCCUUCAAACCCUGCUUGCUUGUGGGUUUCCUAGGGCUACCUCACUGCCCAUGAUGGAGGUCUAGGUGAACUGCCUUUCAUCUGAUCCAGCAGAGCUCCUUAGCUGUCUAAUAAUAAUAAUAAUAAUAAUAAUUUUUUAUUUAUACCCCGCCCUUCUCAGUUCAAAAAACAGGGCUCAGGGCGGCUAACAACAAAUUUAAAACACUGAAAAGCACUAUUGUGUUGUUGUUAGCCACCCUGAGCCCGGCUUCGGCUGGGGAGGGCGGGAUAUAAAUAAAUAAAAAAAUAUUAUUAUUAUUAUUAUUAUUAUUAUUAUUAUUAUUAUUAUUGAGCUUGGUGGACCAGUGGCCCGACUGGCUGCAAGUUAGCUUCCUCCCUUCUGAUGCACCCAGGCAGUUUUGGGUCUUCCACCUCUGCCUUUGUCUUUGGAAAUUCGCCGGGUGAUGCAGUGAGUCUCAGCUCCCGCCCCCUUGCCUUUCUCGCCCUCUCCUUCCAGGCGGAGGGCAGCUGAUGGAGCGGGUGACCCGUUCGGGAAUGCUGAACCCUGGCGAAGGCUGGCAGGACCUGUGGCAUCACGGGCGCAGCACCUCGCUGGAGUACCGGGUGCGGGUGCGCUGCCAAGAGCAUUACUACGGCCCGGCCUGCAACUUCCUGUGCCGGCCCCGCGACGAUUUCUUCGGGCACCACAGCUGCGACGCUGCGGGCAACAAGGUCUGUCUGGACGGCUGGACGGGAGACGAAUGUACACGGGGUAUGUCCCGGGACGUCCGGCUGGCACGGGGUGGAGGAGAGGAAGAAGGGGCUGCAUUGAGGGAGGGUGGGGAGAGAACCCAGGAGUCCGGCACUGGGUGCCAUUUUCCAUCCCGGCCUCCUGGCAGUAAUGAAGCUUUGUUACGCAUCCACAGAUCUGGGAAAGAGAACCUGAGGCUCUGCUUCGAUCCUACCCAGCCCCUUCAUUGAUUCAUUAAUAAUAAUAAUAAUAAUAAUAAUAAUAAUAAUAAUAAUUUAUUAUUUAUAUCCCGCCCAUCUGGCUGGGUUUCCCGAGCCACUCUGGGCAGCUUCCAACAAAACACUAAAAUACAAUAACCUAUUAAACAUUAAAAGCUUCCCUAAACAGGGCUGCCUUCAGAUGUCUUCUAAAAGUUUGGUAGUUAUUUUUCUCUUUGACAUCUGGUGGGAGGGCGUUCCACAGGGCGGGUGCCACUACCAAGAAGACCCUCUGCCUGGUUCCCUGUAACUUGGCUUCUCGUAGUGAGGGAACCGCCAGAAGGCCCUCGGAGCUGGAUCUCAGUGUCCAGGCAGAACGAUGGAGGUGGAGACGCUCCUUCAGGUAUACUGGACCGAGGCCGUUUAGGGCUUUAAAGGUCAGCACCAACAUUUUGCGUUGUACUUGGAAACGUACUGGGAGCCAGUGUAGGUCUUUCAAGACCAGUGUUAUAUGGUCUCGGCGGCUGCUCCCAGUCACCAGUCUAGCUGCCGCAUUCUGGAUUAGUUGCAGUUUCUGGGUCACCUUCAAAGAUAGCCCCACAUAGAGCGUAUUGCAGUAGUCCAAGUGAGAGAUAACCAGAGCAUGCACCACUCUGGCGAGACAGUCUGUGGGCAGGUAGGGUCUCAGCCUGCGUACCAAAUGGAGCUGAUAAACAGCUGCCCUGGACACGGAAUUGACCUGUGCCUCCAUGGACACCUGUGAGUCCAAAAUGACUCCCAGGCUGUGCACCUGGUCCUUCAGGGGCACAAUUACCCCAUUCAGGACCAGGGAGUCCUCCACACCCGCCCGCCUCCUGUCCCACCAAAACAGUACUUCUGUCUUGUCAGGAUUCAACCUCAAUCUGUUAGCCGCCAUCCAUCCUCCAACCGCCUCCAGGCACCCACACAGGACCUUCACUGCCUUCACUGGUUCCGAUUUGAAAGAGAGGUAGAGCUGGGUAUCAUCCGCAUAUUGAUGAACACCCAGUCCAAAUCCCCUGAUGAUCUCUCCCAGUGGCUUCAUAUAGAUAUUAAAAAGCAUGGGGGAGAGGACGGAACCCUGAGGCACCCCACAAGUGAGAGCCCAGGGGUCUGAACACUCAUCCUCCACCACCACUUUCUCAACAUGGCCCAGGAGGAAGGAGCAGAACCACUGUAUAACAGUGCCCCCAGCUCCCAGCCCCUCUAGACGGUCCAGAAGGAUGUUAUGGUCAAUGGUGUCAAAGGCUGCUGAGAGAUCCAGCAGAACUAGGAAACACUUGUGUAGUGGCAAAUUCAGAAGUGUAGGGUCCCAUGGCCCCUCACAGCCAUGUCCCUUCAACGAUUAGACAGCUUUUUAAGACUGUACAAUAAACUUACAGUUAUGCAAUAAUAAUAAUCAGCAACACCUUGCAACCAGCGUUCAAAACUCCCGUUGUUCUAGGCACAUUUAGCGACAGGGAAUUUAAUGAGCACGAGCAGUUUCUGAGCAGUGCGCCUAAGAUUUCAAAUUAAAACUGCAGAGUGGAAGAAAAGGAGGACCUUUUUCUGCCUCCCCACUUCCAGCUACUCUCUGAAGACUGGAGAGGAGACCCUCAUAAGCAUAUUAGAGGGUGGGCAGGGGAAGGACUACUAGAUCAUGUGAAAAAUGAACAUAAUGUUUUAGCUGUUCAUUCAUUUUCAAUACUGUAUUCCUGUUAUUAAAAAAAGCGUGUCUAGACAUUCCGUUGUGCUCAUAACCUAGGUGCCAUUUAGCUCCUAGCUUUCGGGUGGCACUGUGGGUUAAACCACAGAGCCUAGGGCUUGCUGAUCAGAAGGUCGGCGGUUCAAAUCCCCGCGACGGGGUGAGCUCCUAUUGCUCGGUCCCUGCUCCUGCCAACAUAGCAGUUCGAAAGCACACCUGUGUAAGUAGAUAAAUAGGUACCGCUCGGGCGGGAAGGUAAACGGCGUUUCUGUGUGCUGCUCUGGUUCACCAGAAGCGGCUUAGUCAUGCUGGCCACAUGACCCGGAAGUUGUAUGCUGGCUCCCUCGGCCAAUAAAGCGAGAUGAGCAUCGCAACUCCAGAGUCGGCCAUGACUGGACCUAAUGGUCAGGGGUCCCUUUACCUUUACCUUCAUAUCUCAGUUUCAAACACUGCUAGCAAUGAUCAGUUUCAGCUAGUUCUACUAUUUUCUGUGCAUGUACUUGGGCAGGUGAUUUGGAGUGCUCAGAUAUCUUCUUUCCAAGUGACCUAAGCUGUGUUUGCUGUGAAGUUUCAUUGUUAUCUAAUAGAACCUGUCCCUUGAAACAGAAGCACCUUGCGUUUCAGUGCUCCUAAAUGCUUACCUUUGGAGCAGACAUCUGGGAAAUUUGACUUCUUGUUUUGACCUAUAAAGCCUGGCGCAGCUCAGGACCCCAAUGCCUCAAGGACCCCAAUGCCUCUCCCCCUAGGAACUGUCCCAGACCCUGCGAUUAUCAUCUGAUUAUCAUUCUUCAUGAGAGGUCCGGAGGGUGGCACCACCGGAAAGGGCCUUUUCUGUGGUGGCUCCCCGCUUGUGGAAACUCUCUCUCACAGAGACUCACUCACUUCUUUUCUGCCAGGCCUAUGGCUUUUAAUUAUCUGGAUUGUCUUUUAGAUUUAUAAAUUUAUUAGAUCGUAAUGGUGAUGAUUAUCAUCGCUGUGCCCUGGGCUGAAUUUGCAACGCUCACAUAAACUCCCCUCGUGUUUCUUGCAGCCAUUUGCCGGCCGGGUUGUCACGAAACUCAUGGGACCUGUGAGGAGCCUGGAGAAUGCAAGUAUGUACAACUGAGUGUGGAUGAAUGGCGCAGCUUACCGGAAAAAUAAGAAAUUGAGAUAACAAACUUUUUAUUAAAAAAAGAAUGGAAAUGGUUUAUUGAAUAUUUGCAGACAAAUUGUAAAACAGAUAAGAACAUUGGCAGGAUUAUUGUACUAACCUGCAGUUUCGCAAGAGUAUAUAUUUAAAGCAGACGAAUAAAUGAACAAAUUGAGUUAGUUUGGAUAUGCAGAAGAUAUUAAAAAUAAAUUUAAGGAUCCACAGAAAGAGGGGGAAGGAACUCAAGUUUUGAAAUGUUAAAAUGGCUGAAAAAUUACUGAAAUGUAUAAACCUGAAAAUCGUAAAAAGAAGAAGAAGUGAUCUACAGAUGAAGGGCGGUAUAUAAAUUCAAUAAAAAAUAAUAAUACAAAUCCUGCGUUGUAGAUCGUAUUGGCCACAAACCAAAAACAACAAUUCAGCUGGGGAAGGAGUGAUUAAAAAGAGAGGCUUUCAAAAGCACAGAACAGGAGGUGCCUGUCUCACGGGGACAGAGUUCUCUAAUGUGGGUGACACCACAAUGAAGGCCCUGCUCCCACUGGCUACGUGGCACUGCCAGGCUGGCCCCCUCAGCUGAGCUCAGGCACCAGGUGGGGCUAUUGAGGAGAGGGCAAGGUGGUCUCUUAAAAUAACCUGGUCCUGAGGUGUGUAGUGCUUUAUAGACGAAAGAGAAGACUUUAGACUUGGCCCAUUAGGACAGGGGCAGCCCGUGCCAUUCCUUUCAAAAACGGCUACCUAUGAAUUUAAGUUGUCAGUCCCUUCAGGAUUUUGCACAUGUUUCUGGACACAACACUACAAUCCCACUUUAAACAGUCACACCUUCCUCCCCCCAAAUAAUUUUGGGAGCGGUAGUUUGAUAAGGGUGCUGAGAAUUGCCGGGAGACCCCUAUUCCCUUCACACAGCUACGGUUCCCAGGGUGGUUCAACACACCCUGGGAACAGUAGUAGCGAUGGCUUCUCCCUUCCAAAGAAUUAUGGGACUUGUAGUUUGUCAAGGGCGCUGAGAGUUGCCAGGAGGCCCCAAUUCCCCUCACGGACCCACGGCUCCCAGAGUGGUUUAACCACCAACCAAUAAUAACCAAUAAUAACCCCUCUUUCUCAGAGAACUCUGGGAAUUGCGGCACUGUGAGAGGAACAGAGGGGGUCUGCUAACAUCUCUCAGCACCCUUAACCAACUACACUUCCCAGCAUUCUUUGGGAGAAGCCAUGUGUGUUUAAAGUGGUAUCGUAGUGCUUUAAAUGUGCCGUGUGGAUGUAGCCUGUUGAAAUCAGGGGCUAAGCAGUUGGCCCCUUACCUCUCUCGCCCUGACCUAGCCACUGUGAUCCAUGCGACGGUCACCUCCAGACUUGAUUAUUGUAACUCGCUCUACGUGGGGCUGCCCUUGAGACUGACCCAGAAACUCCAGCGGGUGCAGAAUGCCGCGCUGAGACUUCUUACGGGGUCCUUGCCGUGGGAUCACAUUCAUCCAGUGCUUUACCAGCUGCACUGACUCCUGGUGGAGUACAGGAUCAGGUUCAAGGUGCUGGUUUUGACCAGCCCUAUACGGCCUAGGAUCCUCGUACCUACGGGACCGCCUCUCCUAGUAUGUCCCACGGAGGACCUUACGGUCUUCAAAUAAAAACAUCUUGAAGGUCCCAGGCCACAGAGAGGUUAGGCUGGCCUCAACCAGAGCCAGGGCUUUUUCGGCCGUGGCCCCGAUCUGAUGGAGCACUCUGUCACAAGAGACUAGGGCCCUGCGGGUCUUGACAUCUUUCCGCAGAGCCUGCAAGACAGAGCGGUUCCACCAGGCCUUUGGCCAAGGCACAGCCUGACCCCCUCCUUUGGUAAUCCUCACAGAACUCUAGCCCAAUGGUUGCCAUUAAAUUGAUUUUGAACUGAUUUUAAAAUGAAUUGAUUUUAGAAUGCUGUAUUAUUUUACUGCUGUUAGCCUCUCUGAGCCCGGCUUUGGCUGGGGAGGGCGGGAUAUAAAUAAAAUUUUCUUAUUAUUAUUUAUUAUUACUUUCAGUGGGUUUUCUAUGCGUGAAAUUGGAUUACACAGCCCUGCGAGGUGCAUAAUGUUUGGGAACUGGGUUACCUCUCCCCCUUUCCCUGCUUCCCAAAUUCUCCCCUCGCCCCCAAAGAGCCGAUUUCCUGGCCGGCCCCGGCAACUGGAAGCCCGGCAGCUCCCCUCCAACGCCGGGGCAAUGGCCUAGGGCAGGAAACAGCUAGCCAAACCCCGCUGGGAGGAGAAGGAAGUUCUGGGUCCCGGCCAGGAAAAAUGAUGUCACCCUUGGAUCCCAGGGCCGAUAAGGAUGGGGUGCGGCACCGACUGCGGUUACGAGGAGGCCCAGCCCCUGAUUGGGAAGGCUGGGCAGGGGCCAGGAUCUUGACCGGCCGCCCAGCGUGAUGGCCCCGGUGGGGCAAGAAGGCUUUUUUUGGCAAGCUUGGGGGGGAGCCAAACCGAGCAACGGCUGUGUCAAAGAUAGCAAAAGUUCCUGAUGACAUAUUUACAUCAUCUGUUUUCAAGUGCUGUGACCCUCAUUUAGACAGCCACGCCUUCCCCCAGGGGAUCUUGGGAGUUGUAGUUUGUUCAGGGUGCUGAGAGUGGUUAGGAGACCCAGGUUCCCACACACACAGAGAGAGAACUACAAUUCCCAGAGUUCCCUGCGAAGAAGGAUUGGUUGUCAAACCGCUCUGGGAAUUGUAGCUUUGUGCGGGGAAUGGGGUGUCUGUGUCUCCUAACACCUCUCAGCACCCUGGACGGGCGAUGGCCCUCACAAUUCUUUAGGGUAAAGCAGUUGUUGUCUCUGUUCUGCAUUGACGCAGGAGCAUAGCUGUCAAUGUACAGAUUUGAAAAUAAGGGACCAGCAGCCUCGAAAAUAAGGGAUCAGCAGCCAAAAUACAGUAGUGCCUCGCAAAACGAAAUUAAUCCGUUCCGCAAGUAUCUUCGUCUAGCGGUUUUUUCGUCUUGCGAAGCAACCCUAUUAGCGGCUUAGCGGAUUAGCGCUAUUAGCAGUUUAGCGGCUAUUAAAGGCUUAGCGGCUUAGCGGAUUAGCUGCUAAAAGGCUAUUAGCGGCUUAGCGGCUUAGAAAAAGGGGGGGGAGCGAAAAAAAAUCUCAAGACUCGCAAGACAUUUUCGUCUUGCGAAGCAAGCCCAUAGGGAAAUUCGUCCUGCGAAGCGCAUUGAAAACAGAAAACCCUUUUGUCUAGCGGGUUUUCCGUCUUGCGAGGCAUUCGUCUUGCAGGGCACCACUGUAAGGGAUUUUGCUGUUGUAAAGAGUUACAUACGUUGGUAGGAUUGACAGAUGCUGUCAAUCCGGCAUGAGGUGGUUGUGGUGCCGCGGCAGAUGCUGAAACAGUGCCCUUCUGCGUCCCUCCCCAUCCCCUCCUCUUCUCCCUCAGGCCGCCUCCUCAGCUGCCACCACGGCUGCCGCCUCCGGGCUCGCGGGCGGCGUGGGCGAGAGUCUCUCUCGCUUCCUUCCCCGCCCCCUCAGGCGGGGAAGGGCUGAUGGAAGGCGUCUUAGCUAGUGCCCAUCACCGCGUUGUGGCGGUGAGUCCCAGAGGUUAACACUACGCCUGUCGGCCUCUCCGAUCUCCUGUGAACCAGUGUCAUUGUGUGACUCCAAUGACUACUAGCGUUAGGAAAAGGGGAGGAAGAAACUCCUCUCUCUCUCCCCCGCUCUGUGCAAUUCCUUAAUACGAUAAGUAUCUGCCAUUUCUUCCCCUGUUGCACAUGUCAUGUGUUGUUGCUGUUGUUGUUAAUUAUACAGUGGUACCUCUGGUUGCGAACGGGAUCUGUUCCGGAGGCCCGUUCGCAACAUGAAAAGAGUGCAACCCGCAGCGGUGCGUCUGCGCAUGCGCGGGUUGCGAUUCGCCACUUCUGCGCAUGCGUGUGAUGUCGUUUUAUGCUUCUGCGCAUUCGCAAGCGGCGAAACCCGGAAGUAACCCUUUUUGGUACUUCCUGGUCGCUGCGGGACGUAACCUGAAAGAACGUAACAUGAAGCGGACAUAACAUGAGGUAUGACUUUAUAGGAAUUUGCUGACAUGCUCUGUAAUAUGUAUAUUUGUUAUCCCCCUCCCCCUCUGUACUUUUAUGUUUCGAAUGUUUGUUGUAAGCUGCUUUGGGCACAGCUGCCCAAAAGCAGUAAACUCAACCCAUCUUCUAUUAUUAAUUAAUGCCAUCACUGCAUGAUGAGGACAAAAGAACAGUCCCUUGCCCCGAGCCACUUACAGUCUAAAAUUUGACACAGGGAAGACCACAGAUGGAAGGGGUGCGAAACUGAGGCAGAUGUAAACGAGGAAUAAUAAUAAUAAUUAAUUAUUUUUACCCCGCCCAUCUGGCUGGGUUUCCCCAGCCACUCUGGGCGGCUUCCAACAAAAUAUUAAAAUGCAAUGGCCUGUUAAACAUUAAAAGCUUCCCUAAACAGGGCUGCCUUCAGAUGUCUUCGGAAUGUCUGGUAGUUGUUUUUCUAGAACAUAGCUGUCUAUUCAGUUGCUUGUGCCAGGGGGUUGUGCCAGAGGACUUUACUCAAAACAGUAGAUUCUGAGGAGGGGCUUGGAGGAAGAGACAGGGGGGGGGGAGAGGGGGGGAGGGGGGGAGAGAGAUGGCAUCAGCCAGUCCAUUCUGGGAGGCAGUUCCAGAACGGCCAGGGAGAAAGAGAGGAAUCGCAUUUAGAGAGGAGGUAUUAGGGACGCGGGUGGCGCUGUGGUCUAAACCACAAAGCCUAGGGCUUGCCGAUCCAAAGGUCGGCGGUUCGAAUCCCCGCGACGGGGUGAGCUCCCAUUGUUCGGUCCCUGCUCCUGCCAACCUAGCAGUUCAAAAGCACGUCAAAGUGCAAGUAGAUAAAUAGGUACCGCUCCGGCGGGAAGGUAAACGGUGUUUCCAUGCGCUGCUCUGGUUCACUAGAAGCGGCUUAGUCAUGCUGGCCACGUGACCCGGAAGCUGUACGCUGGCUCCCUCGGCCAGUAAAGUGAGAUGAGCGCCACAACCCCAGAGUCAGCCAUGACUGGACCUAAUGGUCAGGGGUCCCUUUACCUUUACAGUUGUACCUCGGGUUACAGACGCUUCAGGUUACAUACUCUCCAGGUUACAGACUCCGCUAACCCAGAAAUAGUGCUUCAGGUUAAGAACUUUGCUUCAGGAUGAGAACAGAAAUUGUGCUCCGGUGGCGCAGCAGCAGCAGGAGGCCCCAUUAGCUAAAGUGGUGCUUCAGGUUAAGAACAGUUUCAGGUUAAGAACAGACAUUCGGAACGAAUUAAGUACUUAACACGAGGUACCACUGUAUUUUAAAAAAAGAUGCUCUCAAGUGAGACUAGCAUUAUACAUUUAAAACGAUGAAGCCAAUAACUGCGUGACGAGGCCAUCUCUCCGCUCAGAUUAGAGCUGGCUGGCUGGCUCACAUCUCCCGCUCAUAACCACUGUGCUGCUCUGAGCUUUCCCCUUCCUCCUCCCAGGUGCCACUAUGGGUGGACCGGUCAACUCUGCGACGAGUGCAUUCUUUUCCCAGGCUGCGUUCAUGGCAGCUGCACCGAGCCUUGGAAGUGCGACUGCGAGACCAACUGGGGGGGCAUCCUCUGCAACAAAGGUGAGCCCCCCCCCCACUUGGAGCAUGCUCAGUAGAGGCUUGGCUUCUAUUGGAAAUUGGCCAGUCUGGAAUUUUCCCCAGGCUACUCUAUGACUCUUGUUGAACUCAACCUCUGGGGUACUUUGCCAUUGCUUUUCAUGUUCUACUGACAGGGUCCUUUGUUUUAAAUUAUUUUGUGUUGCACUUGGAAAUCGGUCACUAAAUUUGUCUCCAGUAAGCCUGGCGAUGGUAAGCCAGAGAAGGGAGCAGAGUCAGGCCCAAACAAGUAGAUACAUACAUAAAUAAUUUUAUUUGUAUGCCGCCUUUGCACAGUUCAAACCAUGCUCAAGGCAGCUUACAAAAUGAAAAAAUACGUAACUACAACAUAACAAAAUUGGUCAUAAACAAUACAUUAAAUAUUAAAUACUCAACCAAACUGAACAAUUUCCACAUAAACCACAGUAAGAUCUAUAUACUAAAGAUACAAAAAAACCCAACAAUAAAUACUUCUAAGACCCAGAGAGGUCAAGAUCCUGCAGCUUCUGCGCUGAAGCCACACAUUGCGAAGUUUUUAUUCCCAGGGAUAAGAGAGUCGCCAUUUUCUCUGCUGGAUGGGCCUCUUCUACUUUUCUUGUACCUCUGAUGAUCCAAGAAGCAGAGGUCCAUUUGCUGAGCGGCAAGGUUAAAUUGGGGUUUCUUCUCUUUAGUUUUUCUAAACUAAUUAUGCAACACAGCAGCCAAAGCAUGACAAUCCCUACUGUGAUAUACACCCAGAUAUGUGUGCGUCCUGAACCUGAAACAGGUAUAUUAAGGAAGAAUUGAAGCACGCAGUUGUCAUUUUGCUGAUAAACAAGCUGGUACUCCAGCAAAUCCUUCAUAAACGUUAUUGAUAGCAAGGCCGCUGUCAGAUAUAUAGAAGUGCCCUUCAUACGUGCCAAUAGACUGGGGAUACUUAGUACAUCAAAGCACAAUAUGGGACAUGGGUGGCGCUGAGGGUUAAACCACAGAGCCUAGGACUUGCCAAUCAGAAGGUCGGUGGUUCGAAUCCCCGCGACGGGGUGAGCUCCCGUUGCUCGGUCCCUGCUCCUGCCAACCUAGCAGUUUGAAAGCACGUCAAAGUGCAAGUAGAUAAAUAGGUACCACUCCAGCGGGAAGGUAAACGGCGUUUCCGUGCGCUGCUCUGGUUCACCAGAAGCGGCUUAGUCAUGCUGGCCACAUGACCCGGAAGCUGUACGCUGGCUCCCUCGGCCAGUAAAGCGAGAUGAGCGCCACAACCCCAGAGUCGGCCACGACUGGACCUAGUGGUCAGGGGUCCCUUUACCUUUACAGCAAUGAUAAUAAUAAUAAUAAUAAUAAUAAUAAUUUAUUAUUUGUACCCCGCCCAUCUGGCUGGGUUUCCUCAGCCACUCUGGGCCGCUUCCAACAAAGAUAAAAAUACAUUAAAAUAUCACAUAUUAAAAACUUCCCUGAACAGGACUGCCUUCAGAUGUCUUCUAAAUGUCAGGUAGUUGUUUAUCUCUUUGACAUCUGAUGGGAGGGCGUUCCACAGGGCGGGCACCACUACCGAGAAGGCCCUUUGCCUGGUUCCCUGUAGCUUUGCUUCUCGCAAUGAGGGAACCGCCAGAAGGCCCUCGGCGCUGGACCUCAUGAUGGAAAGAUGCAAGCUCACUGGAACCAAGGAAUCACCUGAGCUUUCCUCCCUGCCCAGAUCUGAACUACUGCGGGUCUCACCGUCCGUGCAAAAACGGCGGCACUUGUGCAAACAACGAGCCGAACGAGUACGAGUGCCUUUGUCCUGAUGGAUUCCACGGCCGGAACUGCGAGGAAGGUGAGUGGCGACUCGAAAUGUCGGGCGAGAAAAGCCCCUCCAGGACAGUUGCCUCCCAGGGUCUCUCCCAUAAUCCUUUGCAAUGCUGUACAGUGUUCAGGGCAGGGACAACUAUUUUGAUGUGCUACAGGUAUAGUCCUCCCAAUGCUUUGGAGUGCAACUCCCAUUGGCCGCAGCCGGUCAGGGAUGAUGGGAGUUGUAGUCCAUCUUCAGGGCACCUCAUUGGCCACUUCCUUUCCCCCCACUUUUAUAUUGUUAUUAAUUGAAGUCCAUGAUAUCAUACACAAUCUUAAAUACACGUACAAAGAAAAGGUAAUAGUGAUGAUGAUGAUAAUAAUAAUAAUAAUAAUAAUAAUAACAACCUUAAAUAAUUAUACAGUCAUAUCUAGGGAUGUGGGUGGCACUAUGGGUUAAAUCACAGAGCCUAGGACUUGCCGAUCAGAAGGUUGGUGGUUCAAAUCCCCGCAACGGGGUGAGCUCCUAUUGCUCAGUCCCUGCUCCUGCCAACCUAGCAGUUCGAAAGUACGUCAGAGUGCAAGUAGAUAAAUAGGUACCGCUCCGGCGGGAAGGUAAACGGCCUUUCAGUGCACUGCUCUGGUUCGCCAGAAGCGGCUUAGUCCUGCUGGCCACAUGACCCGGAAGCUGUACGCCAGCUCCCUCGGCCAAUAAAGCGAGAUGAGUGCCGCAACCCCAGAGUUGGUCACGACUGGACCUUAUUGUCAGGGGACCCUUUACCUUUAUCUUGGGUUACAGACACUUAAGGUUGCGUUUUUUCAGGUUACGAACUGCCGAAACCCAGAAGUACCGGAAUGGGUUACUUCCGGGUUUCGGCGAUUGCGCAUGCGCAGAAGUGCUAAAUCACGCUUUGCGCAUGCGCAGAAGAGCCGAAUUGCAACCCGCGCGUGUGCAGACGCGCAGCUGUGGCUUGCAAAUGUGCAUCCCGCACGGAUCACGUUCGCAACCCAAGCGUCCACUGUACCGUUAAAUAUUGAUUUAAACUUGUACUUUUACGUGCUCUUUUCUAACUAAACAAAAAUAAACCAAAGUAGAAUCAAAUAAACUAGCAAAGUGGUUGGGUGUCAGAGUUGAAUAUGGGUGGCAGGGGUCUCUACCCCCACUCAGCCAGCGAGCUAAACUGGCUAAUCUCCCCAUCAUCAUAAAAGCCUCAGGGCAGGGAUGCGAUACAAAUCGCACUUCCCAAAAUAUACGUACCACAAAACAAUCAAAGUUACUAACAAAAGAGGAUAAAUACAGCAGACAUCUUAAAAUUACCAAACAAAAAAACAAACCUUGUAGAAUACGCAGCUUACUUUCUGACUGAAAUACUGGUACCUUGUUAGCACCCAAGGAAACAAAGUGACCUAACCGGGAGCUAUAUAUAAACUUAUUUCCAAAUAUACUAAUGUCGUUUAUUUAUUUUUUAUAUCUUUCGUAAAACUCAUAUACCACUUGAUUCUGUGAAAAAACCUCCACGCAACCUAGGAGUCACCUGACUUAUAAGUAGGCCUGGAAUGUUUACUUGACUAAUCAGGUAAUCAGUUUAAAAUUUCUCCUUCUAAGAAAUAAAUAUUUACCGCAAAAAGAGGUGCCCCCACGUCCUAUCUAUGCCAUCUUCAGCUCUGUGGAGAAAGUUUGAGCUAGAAACAUGGUACAUAAAAUAUAAUCUUGCAAUGCAUUCUACUUGGUGGGGUCGCUUGUAUAUCUGGGUUGUCCUUGGCUCCCCAAAAAGAUGAUUAAUUUUUAGCUGCAGCCAGGAAGUGCCUUUGCAUUUUGGGAUGGGACAAAAUCCCCUCCUUUCCCCCCCGUCUUGCUUCAGAAAUGUUUUCUCAGCUGUGCGAUGCGAGGGACUGGAAAUCAGAAGCUGGUCUGUUAGCAGAGAACUGGGCGGGAUGAUAGUCUGGGCAUGGAAAAUGACUCCACUCUUUGCUCCAGGAGGAGAGGCAGAGGUCAUAAACGAAGGAGGGUUCUUUUUCCAAUCCAGGCUGGGAGAAGAGACCUGUGUCUCCCUCGUCCAUUUUGCGCCAGCUCUGAAAAUUGGGUGGGAUACAGCGGUCAAAUAGGGGCUUGAAGAAGCUGGGAAGGCUUGCUUUCCAAGCCACCUGCCUGCACUGGCGGAGGAAGAGGAGUGUGGGAAGAGCACAUUGCCCCUGGCAGCGCGAUCCCGGUGGGGUGCCAUCGCGGCUGCCCCCCUGCCCGCGCUGGGUGCCACGCUCCCACAAGCGUCGUGCCACGCCCCCAGGACACGUGCCACGCCCCUGGGACGCGUGCCAGCCACGCCCCUGCCUGCUCUCUGCCCCCCCCCCCCAGUGCCGGAGCAUGAAGUUCUGCCACUGCCUGCCUGAUUGCCUCUGGCGAGGUGAGGAUACAAUACGAUAUGAUAAUCUUUAUUGUCAUUGUCCUAUACAGAACGAUCUACGUCAGACAUUCAGAAACCAACAAGCCUGCUAUCCAAUCUAUCCCAGCCUGGUUAGCCCCCUAAAAACUCUUAUACAGUGGUGCCCUGCAAGACGAAUGCCUCGCAAGACGGAAAACCCGCUAGACGAAAGGGUUUUCCGUUUUUGAGUUGCUUCGCAGGACAAAUUUCCCUAUGGGCUUGCUUCGCAAGACAAAAAUGUCUUGCGAGUCUUGAGAUUUUUUUUUCGCUUCCCCCCCCCUUUAUCUAAGCCGCUAAGCCUUUAAUAGCCUUUUAGCAGCUAAUCCGAUAAGCCGAUAAGCCUUUAAUAGCUGCUAAACCGCUAAUAGCGCUAAUCCGUUAAGCGGCUAAUAGGGUUGCUUCGCAAGACGAAAAAACCGCUAGACGAAGACACUCGCGGAACGGAUUAAUUUCGUCUUGCGAGGCACCACUGUACCCCAUAAUUGAAUACAAUAUACUCCCACAGAUACUACCUUAAAGGUAAAGGGACCCCUGACCAUUAGGUCCAGUCGUGACCGACUCUGGGGUUGCAGCGCUCAUCUCGCUUUACUGGCCGAGGGAGCCGGCGUACAGCGUCCGGGUCAUUUGGCCAGCAUGACUAAGCCGCUUCUGGCGAACCAGAGCAGCGCACGGAAACGCCGUUUACCUUCCCACCAGAGCAGUACCUAUUUAUCUACUUGCACUGGUGUGCUUUCGAACUGCUAGGUUGGCAGGAGCAGGGACCGAGCAACGGGAGCUCACCCCGUCGCGGGGAAUUGAACCGCCGACCUUCUGAUCGGCAAGCCCUAGGCUCUGUGGUUUAACCCACAGCGCCACCCGCGUCCUAGAGACUACCUUACACUGUGUUUAAAACCAAAAUCGCACUUGAAUAGAAACUGUUUCUCAGGAUAAUUUCCAGGCGAACAGAGGAAUCUCAUGAGUGUGGGGUCUUUUUUUCUUUCUAAUGCCCAACCCAGGGCGGCCGUAAGCAUGAAGGGGAGGGCCAGCAAGCAGACCUUACUGUGGACUAGCAGCUUUGGGGCAGGCCCGUUUGUAAAACAGCCUUGUGCCUCCUCUUUCCCGUGUCUCCCCGAUGCCAGCUCUCCUUCCGUUACCCGUUGCCGAAUUAACUUGCGCUCCUGAGCUCUGUGCCAACGGCGGAACGUGCCUCAACACCUCACCCGGUUUCCGGUGCGUGUGCCCCCCAGGAUGGAGCGGGGAGUUGUGUCAGCACGGUAAGUGGCUUCUUCUUGUUGUUUUUGUUUAGUUGUUUAGUCGUGUCCGACUCUUCGUGACCCCCUGGACCAGAGCACACCAGGCACUCCUGUCUUCCACUGCCUCCCACAGUUUGGUCAGACUCAUGCUGGUAGCUUCGAGAACACUGUCCCACCAUCUCGUCCUCUGUCGUCCCCUUCUCCUUGUGCCCUCCAUCUUUCCCAACAUCAGGGUCUUUUCCAGGGAGUCUUCUCUUCUCAUGAGGUGGCCAAAGUCUUGGAGCCUCAGCUUCAGGAUCUGUCCUUCCAGUGAGCACUCAGGACUGAUUUCCUUCAGAAUGGAGAGGUUUGAUCUUCUUGCAAUCCAUGGGACUCUCAAGAGUCUCCUCCAGUACCAGAAUUCAAAAGCAUCCAUUCUUCAGCGAUCAGCCUUCUUUAUGGUCCAGCUCUCACUUCCAUACAUCACUACUGGGAAUACCAUAGCUUUUACUAUAUGGACCUUUGUUGGCAAGGUGAUGUCUCUGCUUUUGAAGAUGCUGUCUAUGUUUGUCAUUGCUUUUCUCCCAAGAAGCAGGCGUCUUUUAAUUUCGUGGCUGCUGUCACCAAUGCAAUGUUUGCUUUUACCAAUCUUAACAGUCUUAAGGGCAUUAAAAAAAUAAACAAAUGACGGUGUUUACUUACGAGGAAGGAAAUAGAGUGUUAGCACUCUCACUUGCAAACUUUGGGAACAGAUGUAAAGUUUUUCAAAGGUGGAAAUGCACAAAUUUCUGCUUUGGUAAAAGUUUUCGAGGAGGGAUGCAUAUGAUGUGUGUGAGCACUCAGCUUUGCAAAUUUUAAAUCUGAAUGGAAAAUGCUUAUUAAACGUCGAUCUUUUACUGGGUUCAGACCGUUUAAUUAGAUGGGCAUGAAUUUUAGAAGAUCGAGCCUACUUAAUCAUUUAUUCCGCAUGCCUAAUUUUUAUGUGAGUUCAAUUUUUCCACCGAGUAGAAAGGGAACCUCAACUGGAUGAAUAAGUGUUUCCUAUUUUCCCUCGCUUUUUCCUUCUUUGGUGUUUUUCUUACUUUUAUUUUCUCCUUUAAUGAGGUUCAGACUCAAGUUAUGCAAAAAUCGACUUUGCAUCGAGUUAAUUUUGCUGAUAGAUUAUGCAUUAAAACUCUGCAAAUGCCAACGAGAUGUUUAAGAAAUAAAUAAAAUAAAAAUAAAAUGUUGAUGUUUCAGACAUGAGUAUUUGCAGCUAAUGGGAUGACCUCCUCCCACUUUUUGGGGGGAGUGGAGGACUGAUGAGUUUUGGGGACACACAUGGAUGCUUAAAAAUGAGACGCAGUCCAGAGAUGUUGUUGUUGUUGUUUAGUCGUUUAGUCGUGUCCGACACUUUGUGACCCCCUGGACCAGAGCACGCCAGGCACUCCUGUCUUCCACUGCCUCCCGCAGUUUGGUCAAACUCAUGCUGGUAGCUUCGAGAACACUGUCCCACCAUCUCGUCCUCUGUCGUCCCCUUCUCCUUGGGCCCUCCAUCUUUCCCAACAUCAGGGUCUUUUCCAGGGAGUCUUCUCUUCUCAUGAGGUGGCCCAAAGUAUUGGAGCCUCAGCUUCAGGACCUGUCCUUCCAGUGAGCACUCAGGGCUGAUUUCCUUCGGAAUGGAGAGGUUUGAUCUUCUUGCAGUCCAUGGGACUCUCAAGAGUCUCCUCCAGCACCAGAAUUCAAAAGCAUCAAUUCUUUGGCGAUCAGCCUUCUUUAUGGUCCAGCUCUCACUUCCAUACAUCACUACUGGGAAAACCAUAGCUUUAACUAUACGGACCUUUGUUGGCAAGGUGAUGUCUCUACUGUUUAAGAUGCUGUCUAGGUUUGUCAUUGAGAUAGGCCCCAGAAAUUCUAAACUUCAUCAAAAAUAUAGACUACCUUUUAAAGUGCAAAGGAGUCAGAGGUUUUUUGGAUUUCAGAUUUGGGGAAUUGGGCUGCCCAAGGUGUUUCCAAAGGAGACAAAGUAAGACAGCUGAAGUUUGGGAACUUCAAAGCUGCAGUAAAUGCUAAACUGGUAUUAAUUUAUUCCAGUAGAAUAGCCAUGUUUGGGCUAUUGUAGCAAAACCAACAAAAAACAAGCUAACUGAGACCUUCCCCCAACUGAUUUGGACUACAAUGCCCAUCAGCCCCAGUGUGGGAUGGGAGUUGUAAUUCAGAGCAGCUGGAGGACACGCGAUUGGUGAUGGCUGGGCUGGACUGAUAAGUCUAUUGUGACAAUAUAUUGCAUGGUUAUCUACCGCAGAUGCUUCAGUUGAGAUUCCUGCAUUGCAGGGAGUUGGACUAGAUCAGGGGGAGGCAAACUAAGGCCCGGGGGCCGGAUCCGGCCCGAUUGCCUUCUCAAUCCGGCCUGUGGAUGGUCCGGGAAUCAGCGUAUUUUUACAUGAGUAGAAUGUGCUCUUUUAUUUAAAGUGCAUCUCUAGGUUAUUUGGGGGCCUGCCUGGUGUUUUCACAUGAGUAGAAUGUGUGCUUUUAUUUAAAAUGAAUCUCUGGGUUAUUUGUGGGGCAUAGGAAUUUGUUCUUUCCCCCCCCAAAAAAUAGUCCGGCCCCCCACAAGGUCUGAGGGACGGUGGGCCGGCCCACGGCUGAAAAAGGUUGCUGACCCCUGGACUGGAUGAGCUUUGGGGUCCCUUCCAACUCUUCUACGAUUUAUGCAUUGAAUUCCACAUACACACUUUCUGUGUGGUUUCAGUUUCCCCAACACUGUAACCGUAAGAACCAGAAAUCUUAAAAAGCGACAUCUCUGUUCUUUUCCUGAGACAAAUUAGGUUCAGCUUGCCGUAACUGCUAGCAGAAGUGCAGUUUUGCAAACCGCCGGGCGCUGCGUUAAUUCCACUGUCGUUAGAUGGUUGUAAAGUUAAGGGAUUAUUAAGGCGCUGCGAUUUUCCUCUGCCUCUGUUGCCGGAUCCUCCUAACCGCAGCGCAUUGUUUUGCUGCCCCCUAGAGGUGACCGACUGCCUCUCCCAGCCCUGCAGCCACGGCGGGACUUGCAAGGACCUCCCUGACGGCUUCAAGUGCCUCUGCACUCCUCAGUGGACAGGGAAGACCUGCCAGAUCGGUGAGGAUUUUUUGCCCUUCGUUGCGUGACGUUCUGUGGUCGCUCCUUCCUCCUUGAGUUACAUCACCCCCUCCUACCCUUUUCCCCAGGGCUGUCUUUAGCAGAUGCGGGGUGCAAAUAUCCGCCCAGCGCCCCCAAAUUACCACGGAUGGGGGGCGGGGAGCUGCGCAAUGCCAGCCACAUACCGUAUUUUUCACUCCAUAAGACGCACCCGACCAUAAGAUGCACCUAGUUUUUAGAGAAGGAAAACAAGAAAAAAAAAUUUCCGAACGUAACAGUGGAUGUAUGAUUUUUGUGGUUCAUGCUGUGGCCACAGACAUGAUAUGUGAUUUGACGGUGAGUUUGGGGCAGCCCAAUGCAAAAAUCCUGAGAAUCCAUGUGGAUCCGUGCUUUGUAACCACGUUUUUGCGCCAUUGUGGCCCCACAAAACAGUGGGUACAUGGUUUUUUUGGUGCAGGCUGUAGCCAUGGACAUGCUAUGUGAUCUGAUGGCGAAUUUGGGGUGACCCAUUGCAAAAAUCCUGAGGAUCCAUGUGCUUUUACCUACCCCCUCCCAGGCAGCCUCCUUUAUCACUAGCGUCCCUUCUCCCCCUCCUGAUCGCUUGCCGAUCAGCUGCUCAGCGGCUUCCUUUCAGCACCCCCUUCCCUCUUUCUUAAAAAAAAAAAAAGCUUUUCGCCCCUGGGCAAUUUGGCUCCAGGGACCACGCAUUUGCUGUAUAAGACGCACAGACAUUUCCCCUUACUUUUUAGGAGGAAAAAAGUGUGUCUUAUGGAGCAAAAAAUAUGGUAGUUAGCGGGGCACAGCUUCCAUCCUAAGCCUCUGCGGGGAUCGCUCUCCUCCCAUGGAGGCUUGGGAGGUAGGCUGCACGCCGGCCAGCCAUGUGGUUAGGCUUAGGGUGCAGAGAAAGCGGGGGCCACCGGCAAAGCCGUGCAGCUCCCCCACUCACUGGGGUGCGCCCUGGCGCGACGCACUCCUAAGCCCUAUGGGAAAGACGGCUCCGCUCUUCCCAACGUCCCACCUCCUUGCCCUUCCAAUUGGUCCCGUGUGAUUUUCCAUUUCUUUCCUGCCCCCAAAUCAACACUCCUCUUCCCCUCGCCGCCCCUGCCCUGUUUUCAGCAUUCUGGAAGGCUGGGACUUCCUCCUCCUCGGAUGUUAGAAUGUUUGUGCUCAUUCACUUGCUCCACAGUACAACUGCCACUUAGGGGAGGUGAAAAACCGGGAGCUUUUAACAGGGGCAGGCUUUUGGUAAUCUUUUGUAAUGUGGCACCCUGUGCAAGGCCAAAAUUGGACGCCCCCAAAUGGAUCUUUUCCCAUUAUGGAUCUUUUCAAUUUUGCACCCCCUCGACUCGGCCACCCGCACUGCCCUAAAUCCUGUGCUGAUACCAGGCGAUUUCUGUGUUGGUUUCAGGUUUUUCUCUGUAACUGUGAGGCCAGAUAUUUGCAAAGUGGUGUAAUCUCUUUGGUUUUUCUCCUGAGUCAGCUAGUCUGGAGUCCCUGGGCAUGACUUCUGUCCAAGCAUGAGGUUCUGAACCCUGACGGGUGCCCUGUUGAUUAACUGGUGUGAUUUACAGUUGCCACAAAAUACACUCUUUUUAGAUGGCUUUACAAAUCAGACCGGGCACAUUGCUGGAGGAAGGGUGCGUUUGGGUUUUAGUCACAUACUUAGGCUGAACCUCCAUUUACAGGAGUAUUAUAUCUCUAGUGGCUGGGUACAACCAGCGAGAGGCAACCCUUAGACCACCGUGCCCCUGCUUCCUAGAGGAAUCUGGUUGAUCGCUGUUGGAAGCUGUUGGUGCUGACCUGGGUGGACCUUUGCUCUGAUUUGGCUUGGCGUUUCCCAUGUUCUUGUUUCCAGAUGUGAACGAAUGCCAGAAGAACCCAUGUCUCCACGCGCGUGGGUGCAAAAACCUCAUCGGGGGCUAUUUCUGUGACUGUCUGGACGGCUGGACUGGAACAAACUGCGAUAUCAGUAAGGACGGGGGCCCCCAGUGGGGUGCAACAUGCAUUCAGAAGUGGGGGCAAAGUAAGCCUUCAUCUGGCUGAUGUACUGCAAUUUGUACCUGUAGCAAGGAGAAGGGCUGUUACCAAGUGAUAAGAACACAUCCGCACCAUAGCAAGGCUAGGGGGGGACCUGUGCCUGAGACCUCAGAGAGACCUUUGUCCAAUCAGAUGAGAGAAUAGAGCCCUGGAUGGGUGACUGGUGAGAUUCUGAACCAGGCAACUAUCUUCCUAUAGACAUAGAACUGUAAGGCUGUCGUCACGCAGCCGCCUUUGGAGGACUGGGGAUGCCCCAUCACAAUUCUGGAUUUGCAUCACGUCAGGGUGCAGGAGGGGAGCAAAAGAGAAGGCAGGUGUUAAAAUGGCAGUUUUAAGCAACAGUAGAGGUUUGGAUAAAGCGGGGAUGGAGGUGUCAUAAGGUGGAUUUGUAGACCAGAAGUUGCCCACUGCUGCUUUUGAGCCAGACAGCUCAGCUGAAAACCAUCCUAGCCUUUUGCAAUCUGGUUGGCUUCCUUCCUGAACAUCAGGCACAUGACUGAGGGCAGAUCCACACCACCGAUUUAAAGCACACCCCACGCACAUUUAAAACCCAUGACCCCCCCACCAAGGAAUCAGGGAACUGUAGUUUGUUAAGGGUGCCACAAAUUGUGGCUCUGCGAGGGCAAAACUACAGUUCCCAGAAUUCUUUGAGGAAAGCCACACGCUUUAACUCUGCACUGGAUGCACUUUCAAUGCAUAGUGCGGAUAUGAUGUACGAUUUUCUCGUUCCGGCAGACAUUUUAAGGUGGUGUUUGGUUUUACGGAUAAAAUGUUUACUGUUUUAUUGGCCUGUUUUCCAUAGGUAGUUUUUUAUGUACACCGCUGAGAAAGGGGAAUAAUCAAGGGGUAUAGAAGUGUCUUAAACCAGUGGUUCCCAAUUUAGCGAAGUACUGCGGACCGGCUGUUUUUUGAAAGUCAAACCAUGGACCCCUUUACUUUUGAAAAUUUUGAUACCGUAUUUUUUGCCCCAUAGGACACACUGGCCCAUAGGACGCACCUAGUUUUUUUGGGGGGAAAUAAAGAAAAAAUUCUUUAUUUCUCCGCCAGGUGCGGAGCUGGAAGAACCAGGUUGGGGAGCAGCGGGAAGGCGCGUUCCGCCUCCCCGCUGUCCCCCGAGCUUGUGGGGCUGGCGAUGGGGAGAAGUGCGCUUCUCCCCACCGCCAGCCUCCAAACCAGGUCGGGGAAUAGUGGGAUGGCGGCGCUCCGCCUCCCCACUGUCCCCCGAGCUUGUGGGGCUGGGGAGAAGUGCGCUUCUCCCCACCGCCAGCCUCCAAACCAGGUCUCCGCAAGAGCUUGCAGCUUGCAGAGAGCCACGCGAAGCCCAAAGCCUGGGGGGCGCUGAGCUCAGCGAGCUCCAGGCUUCGGGGUGCAGGCAGCUCUCCCACCUCUUGCGGAGACCUGGUUUGGAGGCUGGAGAGCGAGAGGGGUCAGUGCGCACCGACCCCUCUCGCUCUCCAGGCUUCAGCGAAAGCCUGCAUUCGCCCCAUAGGACGCACACACAUUUCCCCUUCAUUUUUGGAGGGGAAAAAUGCGUCCUAUAGGGCGAAAAAUACGGUAUCUCUAUGGUAGUUUUUGUUAUGUGAAUUGUGCCACAGAACCCCUAAAUGGAUUAUGUGGAAGCACCCAUUGGGAACCACUGUUUUAAAUAAAUAGUGUAUUUCUCUCACGGGAACUGCUUAGAAGUUCAGUGAUCACACACCCAUUCUCUACUUUACCCCCUUAUUCCCAAAUAGGAGAAAACUCCUGCCGGAGACGAUGUCGCAAUGGAGGGACCUGCCAGGUAAGUGUGUGGGUGCUCAGGUCGGAUUGAAAGAGAAAAUUUUCAAAAUCGAGAAUUGGGGGCUGCCAUUUUAGGGAUGCUAUCCUGAGAAAUCCACCCAACUCUGUGCUGGCAGAGACUUCCCGCCAGGUUAUUUUCAUCCUCUCAGCCUUGCCGGCUUUCUUGGACCACUGCCCUGCUGCCGCAGAAGUCCACCAGCCAGUAAUCACAAAGUUCAAAGGCGGAUUUAGCUCUUUGCUAGCAAAAACACCAUCUCCACAGACUGGGCUGAGUGUCAGGCCCAGUUUGGCCCGCCAUCUUGAUUCAACAUGGCGCCCAAACAGAGACACAGAUUGCCUCCCCGCCAACCCCCCAGGAACCCUUGUGCCAACUUUGGCAACGAGAUAUCAAGAGACAGCCGAACCUAUAGAGAACAGACAGGAUGGACAACUUUCCAAAAUAUAUAGUAGAUGGGUUGCUUCAGUAUAAAGUAGCUUAGGUAUUCUAGAUCCGUGAUAUCUGCCAGCCCAUGAUCUUUCUGUGGGCCUGACGUCUGCCUGGAAGAAGACUUCCACUUGGUAAUCCUCACAGAACUCUAGCCCAAUGGUUGCCAUUAAUUUGAUUUUGAAUUGAUUUUAGAAUGAAUUGGUUUUAGAAUGCUGUGUUACUUUUAUUGUUGUUAGCCGCUCUGAGCCCGGCUUCGGCUGGGGAGGGCGGGAUAUAAAUAAAAAUUUAUCUUUUCCACGCACAAUUCAAAGUGUUGGUGCUGACCUUUAAAGCCCUAAAUGGCCUCAGUUCAGUAUACCUGAAGGAGUGUCUCCACCCCCAUUGUUCAGCCCAGACACUGAGGUCCGGUGCUGAGGGCCUUCUGGCGGUUCCCUCGCUGUGAGAAGCCAAGUUACAGGGAACCAGGCAGAGGUCCUUCUCUUGUGGAACGCCCUCCCACCAGAUGUCAAAGAGAAAAAUAACUACCAAACUUUUAGAAGACAUCUGAAGGCAGCCCUGUUUAGGGAAACUUUUAAUGUUUAAUACGUUACUGUAUUUUAGUGUUCUGUUGGAAGCCGCCCAGAGUGGCUGGGGAAACCCAGCCAGAUGGGUGGGGUAUAAAUUAUAAAUUAUUAUUAUUAUUAUUAUUAUUAUUAUUCGUUCUGGCAUGGGGAACCUCUUUGACUGCAGAUCCCACAAGCUCAGCCCAGCAUGGCCAAUGAGCUGGAUGACAAGGGUUGUGGUUUAGCAAUAUUUGGAGGGCCAGUUUCCCUUUGUGCAAGUUCAUCUGUGAGUUGUCCGCAAUUUCGUUUAACGGGAUCCUCUUUAGCCCAUUUGCGUUCUUCCUGCAUUGCGGGGAGUUGGUCUGGAUGACCCUUGGGUCCCUUCCAACAACUCUUUGACUCCACGAUUCCUAUGCCCCUUCCUCUGUCCCAUAAUUCCCUUCCCUACGCAACUUGACGACUUGCUAAUGCCAGUUCCUGUCUCUCUCCUCCUCCUCUCUGUUCCCAACAGGUGAAAGGCGGAAGGCACCUCUGCACCUGUCGGGAGGGCUACACAGGCGCAGAGUGCGAGACGGAGCUGCGCUCCUGUGGUGGCGCCCCCUGCCUGCACGGAGGGCAAUGCCAGGAGAUGGAAAACAAGACCUUUCUUUGCAACUGCCCUCCCGGGCUUAGCGGCAGUCGCUGCGAGGUACUGAAUGAAUUUUAUUAUUAUGGUCUCACAGACCAGCUCCGCCUCGCUUACAAUAUCAGGAAAAUCAUAAAACACAACAGGAAUACAUUGAAUUGCAAUUGGGUAUAACAGAGACAGUACAGAUGUAGCGGCAGUUAAAAAUAUAUAUUAAAUCUUGAUCACUAAAAUAUAACCUAAAAUUGUCAUUUAAAUCGUUAAUCAUUUUGGUAGCUUGUUCCCUAAGUUUUAAGGCAGUCUCACAGAAUUUGGCCACCCUUAGCGUGAUCUCUAGAUCCUUGUCCUCUACCAGGAGUUUUAGACAUUGAAGUUCGGACCCGUUUGGAGAUUUUUGUAUAACAGGAGUGAUAAAUACCGAGCGUAUAUCCCCGUAGAAACGGCAGCGUAACAAGACAUGAGAGACAGUUUCUACCUCCAUCAAGCCGCAGGGGCAGACUCGUUCCACGUAUGGUUUACCCUCGAAUCUGCCCUGCAAUAAGGUAGAUGGCAGCACAUUGGUCGCUGCAAGGUACCGGUAAUUGUCCCCUGCUCCUGGGGUGUCUGGGGCUUCUGUGGGGCAAGGUCAAAGCACCAAACUAAAACUCUUCUGUUCCUAAAAGGAUCACAGGGCAAGGGUGUCGAGACAGUGCUGCGCUGAUCUUUUUCAUUAAUCUGGGUGUUGUUUUUCGUGAAGCCUCAAAAGCUGAGCGCGAUCCCCUGUGCCUUCAUAGAAUUGCAGAGAUGGAAGGGAAUCAUAGAAUCAUAGAGUUGGAAGAGACCGCAAGGGCCAUCGAGUCCAACCCCCUGCCAAGCAGGAAACACCAUCAGAGCACUCCUGACAUAUGGUUGUCAAGCCUCUGCUUAAAGACCUCCAAAGAAGGAGACUCCACCACACUCCUUGGCAGCAAAUUCCACUGUCAAACAGCUCUUACUGUCAGGAAGUUCUUCCUAAUGUUUAGGUGGAAUCUUCUUUCUUGUAGUUUGGAUCCAUUGCUCCGUGUCCGCUUCUCUGGAGCAGCAGAAAACAACCUUUCUCCCUCCUCUAUGUGACAUCCUUUUAUAUAUUUGAACAUGGCUAUCAUAUCACCCUUAACCUGCUCUUCUCCAGGCUAAACAUGCCCAGCUCCCUUAGCCGUUCCUCAUAAGGCAUCGUUUCCAGGCCUUUGACCAUUUUGGUUGCCCUCCUCUGGACACAUUCCAGUUUGUCAGUGUCCUUCUUGAACUGUGGUGCCCAGAACUGGACACAGUACUCCAGGUGAGGUCUGACCAGAGCAGAAUACAGUGGCACUAUUACUUCUCUUGAUCUAGAUGCUAUACUCCUAUUGAUGCAGCCCAGAAUUGCAUUGGCUUUUUUAGCUGCCGCGUCACACUGUUGGCUCAUGUCAAGUUUGUGGUCAACCAAGACUCCUAGAUCCUUUUCACAUGUACGGCUCUCAAGCCAGGUGUUACCCAUCUCGUAUUUGUGCCUCUCAUUUUUUUUUGCCCAAGUGCAAUACUUUACAUUUCUCCCUGUUAAAGUUCAUCUUGUUUGUUUUGGCCCAGUUCUCUAAUCUGUCAAGGUCGUUUUGAAGUGUGGAAGGGACCCCUGGGGUCAUCCAGCCCAACCCCCUGCAAUGCAGGAAUCUCAGCUAGACUGUCCAUGGCAGAUGGCCACCCAACCUCUGCUUAAAAGCUCCAAGGAAAGAGAAUCCAUCCCCUCCCGAGGGAGCCUGCUGUCUAACAGCUCUUGCUGUCAGAAAGUUCUUCCUGAUGUUUACUCUGAAUUUCCUUUCUUGUGGUUGGGAUCCAUUGCUUCAGGUCCUACCUGCCAGAGCAGUGGAAAACACAUGAGCCAGCGUGGUGUAGUGGUUAAGAGCGGUGGACUCAUAAUCUGGGGAACCGGGUUCGAUUCCCCCCUGCUCCACAUGCAGCUGCUGGGUGACUUUGGGCCAGUCACACUUCUCUGAAGUCUCUCAGCCCCACUCACCUCACAAAAUGUUUGUUGUGGGGGAGGAAGGGAAAGGAGAAUGUUAGUCGCUUUGGGACUCCUUUGGGUAGUGAUAAAGCGGGAUAUCAAAUCCAAACACCUUCUUCUUCCUCCGCAAAUGAAUCCAGAUUUCAUUGCACGGGCAGAGAAAGCUGAAAGCAACAUUGCAGGUGCAGUCUAAUGCCCAUUUACCUGAGAGCCAGUGGGGCUUAACUUUUGAGUGGACUUUUGAGUGGCACUUCCCCACAGCUGACUAAGUCCCCUCCUCUCCAGGAUUCCCCCCCCCCCAAGCAAGCAGAGACUGCGUCUACAAGUCACCAAUCUCUCCUCCACCCUUUUCAGAGUCAGUGUGGUGUAGUGGUUAAGAGCAGUAGUCUCGUAAUCUGGUGAACCGGGUUCGCUUCCCCGCUCCUCCACAUGCAGCUGCUGGGUGACCUUGGGCCAGUCACACUUCUUUGGAGUCUCUCAGCCCCACUCGCCUCACAGAGUGUGUGUUGUGGGGGAGGAAGGGAAAGGAGAAUGUUAGCCGCUUUGAGACUCCUUAAAGGGAGUGAAAGGCAGGGUAUCAAAUCCAAACUCUUCUUCUUCUUCCAUGUGAAAGCCCUUCGGAUUGAAAUGGCCGUAAUAAUAAUAAUAAUAAUAAUAAUAAUAAUAAUAAUAAUAAUACUACAGUGGUACCUCAAGUUAAGUACUUAAUUCGUUCCGGAGGUCCAUAUUUAACCUGAAACUGUUCUUAACCUGAAGACCACUUUAGCUAAUGGGGCCUCCUGCUGCUGCCGUGCCGCCGGAGCCCAAUUUCUGUUCUUAUCCUGAAGCAAAGUUCUUAACCUGAAGCACUAUUUCUGGGUUAGCGGAGUCUUUAACCUGAAGCCUAUGUAACCUGAAGCGUAUGUAACCUGAGGUACCACUGUAAUAAUAUUUUUACUGUUUAUACCCCGCCCACCUGACUGGGUUUCCCCAGCCACUCUGGGCAGCUUCCAACAUAUAUAAAAGCGUAAUAAAACAUCAAACAUUAAACAACUUCCCUGUAUAUCAUAUCACCUCUCCGUCUUCUCCAGGCUAAACAGUCCCAGCUUCCUCAUAAGGCUUGCUUUCCAGAACCUAUGCUUUCGUGCAGUGCUUUCACAAAGUUGAAUAUGUUAUGCAAAAUGCAUGCAGACGCGCUCACUUUGAGUGACGUAUGCAUUGCAGAAUGUUGCCUGUGCAAAUUAUGCCUUUUCAAGGGGGUGGGGAGAGAAGAGUGGAGUCCAGAUGGUCGUCUUUACAACCACCUCCGGCGAUCUGGAACAUUUCUGCCCCACCCGGUUGCAGCCCCCUCUCCACCCCUCCGCAACCAAUUUGUGUCCUUGUUGUUUGGAUCCGGCAGGUCUUUGUGGAUCCCUGCUCCUCGAACCCAUGUCCCGACAACGCUUCCUGCGUGGGCAGCGAGGGCAGCUACGUCUGCUCCUGCCCCGAAGGCGCUACUUGCCGGCAGCUGCGAGACGCCUGCCUCGACGGCGUGUGCCAAGGUAGGUGCCAGGAGCUGCUGGCGGGGCCCAGGGUAACGCUGUCAGAGUGCUAUAGGAGAGUUCAACAAUGGCUGCCACUUGUAUACACACCCCUCUCUCUGUCCUCUGAACAAGCACUGUCCGGGUUCAAGGGCACAUUCCAGCCCGAUGAAGGUUGCAAAGUGAGGCUGGUGAGGGGCGGGCCUGGGGAAAGCCCUGAGGGGCCGCAUAGAGAAUAAUAAUAAUAAUAAUAAAUUUUAUUUAUAUCCCGCCCUCCCCAGCCAAAGCCAGGCUCAGGGCGGCUAACAACAAACAAAUAAUCAAACAAUCAAAUAAUCCAACAUUCUAAAACAUUUCAUUAUAAAAUUAAUUAAAAUCAAAGAAGCCCGGAGGGCCACGUUGAAGCCACAAACCGAGUGUCGAAGAGCGAGCCAGCAGUAAAUCACACUGUUCGAAGUUGGAGUUAACUGUUUAUUAGCCAAAAAAACCAACGAUCUGCACAGCCUUGGUUGAGUGUCAGGCCUAAGGAGCACAGCAACUCACCCUGGUAGGUCUGGGCCCAUGAAUCAGUUGCCAAGGCUGAAAGUCCCUGCCUUCCCACAGCAGCCUAUGUCCCCUCCUCUCCAGGGUUCCCACCCACCCAAGCAAUAGGAGACGGCGUAUGCGGCGUAUUCUCCUCCUGUAGCCUUAUUAGACUUUACCGAUUGGUGGGGUCUGCGUUGCUCCCGGGAGGGAGAAAGGAAGUCAAACGACACCGAGGUGGAUUUAGAGAAAGAGUUAUUUAUUCCUGUUCUCCGGAGCAGCAGAAAGGCACUUGCGUGGUCAGUUCACAGCAAGAGCACUUAAGGAGCGGUUACAGACAGCUUAUAUACCCUUUCUGGUCCCCUUGCCCCCUCCCCAGGAAUCCAGCUACGUCAGCUUAUACACGUCAGUUGACAUCCACGACCAUAAAGUUGUUCCUGUUCUUGUACUCUUGACCAUAAAAGGAUCUUCCUUUUCCUGUUCCUAUACUCUUAUCUUGGGGCUAAGAAGGUCACCAACUCUAAGAGCACUCUUGGCGUCAUCCCCGAGCCGGGGUGUCUUGCAAGGUCUGUGCGUCAGUGCGUCAGGAUAUUUACAACCCACAAGAUAAGAUAAGCCCCAGCUCUGCCAUCCCGUUUUCACUUCGGAACUGACAAGGCCAUCCAUUAGUGUCACAGACUGAUAAAGGAGGGGGCUUUGAGCACUUGUUUAUACAGCUGGGUUUCUGUUGUACAUUUGCUCAAGUGCUCAAGUUAAUGGAUUUUAGCUAAGGAAAAAUGGGGAUUUUGGGGCCAUUUCAAACUGACUGCACAGUCAGUUUUGGGUUUGGGAAACCCAUUCCUUCACUCCGAUGCCUCUUCUGGUCCUGGGAGACCAGGCAGGAGGAAAACUUGUUGAAGCAGGAGGGGGCGACUUCCUGGCUUCCUCACCAGCCUGCCCAAUCUCUGCUUCUUGGCCCUGCUCCUCUCCAGUCUCUGCUUCUGCCUCUGCUUCUAAACUGCUCUCUGCCACAGACUCUUCUAGCUCACUAAGCCCUGUUUCCUCUUCAGGCGAUUAUGGGAGCAAAACAUCUUUCCAAUCCCUGGAGAGGCCGAGGACUGAACUUUGGGCCUCCUGCUCUGCUUACAGAGCCCUGGGGUGAUUUGAGACCACCUUCCUCAACCCGGAGCCCUCCAGACUACAACUCCCAUCAGCCACGCUGCCUGACCGAGGAUGAUGGGAGUGGUAGUCCGAAAGACCAGAUUGGGAAUGCCUGUUUUUUUGUUUCCCAGAUGGCAAGGCCUCAUUCAUCCUCCUCUCCCUUCCAGGUGCCGCCAACACAACAGUCCUCUAUGUGCUGCUGCCGCUGGCUGCGCUGCUUGUCCUGUUGGUCCCCACCUUGGUCCUCCUGGCGCUGUGGAUGCACCGCAAAUCCCAGGGGACUCCUCCAGCCGCACCGGAACCCGCCACCAACAACAGCCUGCAGCCCGACGCCGUCCACCUGAUCCGCAACUUCACCCACGGCGACGCCGAGCAGGGGCCCGGGGAGGAGGAGGCCACGGCCAAGGCGGGGCGACCCCCAGGAACGCGCCCGUCCUGCGGGCUCCCAAAGACAGACAUCUCCAACGAGGAGAGGGCCAAACUGAACCGGCUGAACGCCGCCCCAGCCUUGCCAAGGCCUCUGCUCUGACCCAGCGGGAGAGGGGACAGUGUUUCAGCUGUGUGCAAAAAAAUUAAAAAGGCGGAGAGGGGAAUUGGACCCGCAGAGGAGGACUCCGUCAGCACUGCGAUCAGGGGCUAAAGAGCCCAGUGGCACUGCCCCCCGGAAAAAAGUGGGGUGUGCGAUCCCCAAAGCACCUUCCUGACCAAUCAAGCCUUUUGUAGUAGCAGUCCGUCCAUACUUGCCCAGCGCUGCUGUAUUUCUGACUUGGAAAGGAUGCCAGCGUUCCUGUCUGCCUUUCACUUUAGGGCAGCGAGGAGCAGCUUCUGUGAAACACGUGUGCUGGCAGGCGGAAGCCCAACAGGUUGGGUCAGCGGAUAACGACCCCGCCCCUUAAAGGGGGAUCGGUUGGGGAGAUUAGUUCUCUGGAUGCGAGGAAAGCCGUCCCUCCAAACUUUAGUCUGGCAAAGGCAAUAUGGAAGCCGGGAGGAUUUUGGCUCCGCUGCCGGACUUUUCUCAGAGAGUCCAGGUUGGCCGGAGGACAAUGAAAAGUCACCUUGCCUUGCUUCUGCUUCCGAAGGGGUUAAAGGGGUGUGUGUGUCUAAUUUGAAUGGAGAGAAGGGAUUGGAGGAGCUGGGCCGCACCCAUCUGGACCUAGCCACCGAUUGGCUACAUGGUCCGGAAAGCAACAUUAUGGAGUGCAGGGGGGCCAUGGCGGAAGAUUGCCUUGUGGCCAAGUGUUGCUGACAACUGCCGGCCGUUUUGCCACGAGGGAAAACAGGAAAUGCCACUCCUUGCCUCCUCCUCUGCCUGAGGGGACUGGAGGAGGGCCGGGGAAGGCAGCAGGGGAGAAGAAUGGAAAGCCCCAAAAAGCAGGCGGGGGUGUGUGUGUGGACGGAAAUCACAGGAAGCAGCAAGUGCCACACUCCUUGGAGGGCCGGAUUUGCCACCCAUCACAGCCUGCCGCCUGAGGCAACUGCCUCAUUGAGCGUCAUGAUGGGCCGGCCCUGCUGGGAGGGGUGGCAAAUGUGCCAAGGAGAAGCCCAUCAAAGGCCCUGCACCCCCACCAACUGUAUCGGCCAUCUCUUGUCACGGGGCAUCAAAGCUAAGACCUCCCUUCCUGGAUCAGACCAGAGGUCAUCUUUUCUUCCUAUAAGAGCCUGUCAGGUGACUCAGAGGAUGCUCCUAUGGGGGUCUCCACCCCCUAAAUCUAGUGCCUCUCUGCUCCUGGAUGUUUCAAGCCAGGGAUGGGCUAACCUGUGGUCCUCUGGGUGUUACUGGACUACAACUCCCAUCCGCUCCAGCCAGUGUGGCCGUUGGUCAGGGAUGAUGGGGGCUGUAGUCUAGUGAACGUCUGGAAGGCCCAGUUUUGGUCUAUCAUGCUUAAGAGCUAUUUGGUGCAAGACUUUCUGUCCUCGAGAAUUUUCCUGGCUUCCGGAAGCAGCAGCUGGUGAGUUCUGGGUAUAGCGCCUUGACACCUGCCCCUGCUCCCUGGCCAGCUCCACAGCCAUGAAGGGGAGGGUCCGGUGGUCUAAACUGAGACUAAAAACUUAAUUUCCAAAUGAGCUGGGGUGUUGGUCCUAAUGUAUGAUGGGGUGUAGAAGCCGCUCCACAUUAGGAGAUGCCCGCUGUGGUUUCUGUUGCAGAAGAUGAUGUAAGUUUGCACGGUGAGCAGUUGCGGACGGCAAAGCUAGGCCCAGCCCUACCAUUAGUAUGAGCGAGCAGCUGCCUCAGGCGGCAGUUAGCAAGGGGUGGCAGCAGUUUCUCCACACAAACACACCCCAAUACUCAAGUCUCCUAAGCUAGCUGACUCGCCACCUCCUAAGCUAGCUUGAUGACCUUCAGAUGUGGUGGAAGAUGCCAACCUAGUGUUGAAAUCAGAGUCGCCCGUCGGUCUGGUUGGAUUCUGUACGCAGAACAGGGCGACGCCAUCUUGCCCUUUGCCUCAGGCAGCAUAGUGUCAUGGGCAGGCCCCGGGGAAAGGCCUUGUCUUUCCCCUCCCCAUUGGGGUAUCUUAUUGUUCCCAGUUGCGACUGUCUGGCAAAUGGCCUGUUUGAGUCUGAUUCAGAAAAACUGGACCCCUUUGUGUCCCCUUAUCUGCCUCUGAGGCGGCCCAGCUGCUAACCACUGCUUUGCGAAACCAUCCCGGUUGCCUGCAAAUUGCAUACCCCAAGUUGCGCUUGGUGCUUCCAAGGAGAUGUUGAAUCGUUGGUUACAGCAGGCUUCACCAACCUGGUGCCCUCUGGAUGUUUUGGACUACAACUCCCAUCAGCCAUUGCAUGCUCUUUCAAAUGAGAUGAGGAAAACCUCUGGAUUAUCUUUCUCUUUGAAUUCAGGGAAACGCUUGAGAUCAGUUUAUUGAAGAACAAACAAGUUUUAAAUAUACAGUGGCAUCUUGGGUUAAGUACUUAAUUCGUUCCGGAGGUCCGUUCUUAACCUGAAACUGUUCUUAACCUGAAGCACCACUUUAGCUAAUGGGGCCUCCUGCUGCAGCCGUGCCGCCGCUGCGCGAUUUCUGUUCUCAUCCUGAAGCAAAGUUCUUAACCCGGGGUAAUAUAUCUGGGUUAGCGGAGUCUGUAACCUGAAGCAUAUGUAACCUGAGGUACCACUGUAUUCAGAACGGUUUCUCAGAUGUGCGCCCUUAACUAGAUGUGGCACAGAAAUGAGGAGACUGGAACUGGCAGCUAAUAUGAUUAAUAAUAAUAAUAAUAAUAAUAAUAAUAAAUUUUAUUUAUACCCCGCCCUCCCCGGCCAGAGCCGGGCUCAGGGCAGCUAACACCAGUAAAAUUACAGUAAAAACAUAAUAGGAAAAAAACCCCAAUUUAAAAUACAGGUUAAAAUGCAAUUUAAAAUGCAGCCUCAUUUUAAAAGUAGCCCAUAGAUCAAAACCAUAAGGGGAGGGAAAACAUAAGGGUCAGACUGAGUCCAAAGCAAAGGCCAGGUGGAACAGCUCUGUCUUGCAGGCCCUGUGGAAAGAUGUCAAGUCCCGCAGGGCUCUAGUCUCUUGUGACAGUGCGUUCCACCAAGUCGGGGCCAGUAUUGAAAAGGCCCUGGCUCUAGCUGGGGAAAACAAAAAUAAUACGUUAUACAUGCUCAAUGUAUCCUUGUCAAACCAUUACCUAUUGCACAUUUAACUUCCAGCAUAAAUAGGGAACUGAAGUAUCUGGUGAAAGAGCGAUGUCCCAAAAACUAUACAGGAGGCAGCAACGUUAGCUGACCAAAUUAAUGAAAUUAGAGACAGGGGCUGAUGGGAGUCGUAGUCCAAUACACAGGGUGACGAAGAUCACAUAUGCUCAUUGCCACAGAUCCUCCUGCCUCCAUUUACUUUGCUUACUGCAUUGCCAGCAGGGGACCCCACCGUCCCCUUCCUUAGAAUCAUAUAAAGUUGGAAGGGACCCCAAGAGUCCAACACCCUGCAGGGCAGGAAAUCUUUUGCCCAACGUGGGGCUCGAACCCACAAAAAUGCGAUUUAAGAGUCCCGCGCUGUUUCGACUGAGUUAUCCAGAGUUUGUUGGGCGUAUCCGGACCAAAGUCCGCCAGCUGCCGACCCAAAUCAAGGACCGACUCUCCCCCUUCCCCUACUGGGCAGAGUAUGCAUUAUUGCUAUUGUCAUUGAAUAAUACAUUACUCUGAAUCAGAUAGAACUUGUACAGAUUUGAAAAAGGGGAGGAACAAUGGGUGGGAGGGUAACAGUAUCUCCAACCCCAGCUGGGAGUGGGCUGAAUGUAUUUAAAUUGUAAUAUACUGUAAAGAUGACUUUAUAGCUUUUUGUUGUUGAUCUUCUGGUUACUUUUAAGAUGAUAAUUGAUGAUUAUUUUGUACUGGGGCACAGUUGAAGAAACCCGAGUAAAUACUUUUAUUUGCCUCAUUUAUCGCCUUGGGAGAAAAUUCAUUUCCUGGCUUGGGGUGGUCUGGUCCCAGAACAGUUCCAAUUGUCAUCGCAGAUACUACGGCAUCCAAACCACUUGACCGGAGGACAGCCUUUAAACAGGGGACCCUACUGGCUCCCUGUGUCACUAGAGCGUGCCAUUUUAGGGGGUGAAACUUAAUUUCUGCAAAUUUCUUCAGCGAGGUGUCUUUAAAAUAUUAUUUUUGGGUGUGAGUAAUUCAGAUCUGCUGGGGUUUUUGUUUUGCAAUUGGAUAACAUUUAGAUCAGUAAGUCUGCAUUUGAUGAGAGGUGCCAGUAAGUUCCGGCUGAAGAAAAGCCCUGAAUUUAACCAAAAUCCCAAGUCAUACUGCAGCUUCUUGGCACCCCUCAUUUUUGGAAUUUGAAAGUUGGAAAAUUUGACACACCCUCCUUUCCCCUGACCCCUGACGAGGCACGGCUACCCUACUACCCUCCGGCCCUCAGCAAAGAACCUCGUACCUACGGGACCGCCUCUCCCGGUAUGCCCUGCGGAGGACCUUAAGGUCCAUGAAUAGCAACACCCUAGAGGU